AUGGCAACCCAAGCACCGACGUUCACACAGCCGUUACAAAGUGUUGUGGCACUGGAGGGUAGUGCCGCAACCUUUGAGGCUCAUAUUAGUGGUUUUCCAGUUCCUGAGGUGAGCUGGUUUCGGGAUGGCCAGGUUCUUUCAGCUGCUUCUCUGCCCGGCAUGGAGAUCUCGUUUAGCGAUGGCCGCGCUAGACUCACGAUCCCUGCUGUGACUAAGGAUAACAGUGGAAGAUAUUCCCUGCGAGCCACCAAUGGAUCUGGACAAGCGACUAGUACUGCUGAACUACUUGUUACAGCAGAGACAGCACCACCUAACUUCCUACAAAGACUACAGAGCAUGACAGUGAGACAAGGAAGUCAAGUUCGACUUGACGUGAGAGUGACUGGAAUCCCUACACCUGUGGUGAAGUUCUAUUGGGACGGAGCAGAAAUCCAAAGCUCCCCUGAUUUUCAGAUUUCACAAGAAGGCGACCUCUACAGCUUAUUAAUUGUCGAAGCUUAUCCUGAAGACUCUGGAACCUAUUCAGUAAAUGCUACGAAUAGUGUUGGAAGAGCUACUUCAACUGCCGAAUUACUGGUUCAAGGCGAAGAUGUUGUACCCGCUAAAAAGACUAAAACAAUUGUUUCGACUUCAACUGCUCAGAUUUCUCAAACAAGACAAACUCGAAUUGAAAAGAAAAUGGAAGCCCACUUUGAUGCCAGAUCAAUUGCAACCGUCGAGAUGGUGAUAGACAGUGCCAGCGGGCAACAGCUGCCCCACAAAACCCCACCCCGGAUACCAACUAAGCCUAAAUCCAGGUCACCCACCCCACCAGCCAUUGCCGCGAAAGCACAGAUGGCCCGACAGCAAUCCCCAUCUCCUGUCCGACAGUCACCAUCUCCUGUCAGACACGUUAGAGCACCAACACCAUCUCCUGUCAGGUCCGUGUCCCCGGCUGGAAGACUCUCAUCUUCCCCCGUCAGACCUGUGAAGUCCCCAUUACUGAUUCGAAAAGCACAAAGCACCUCCAUGGCUUUGGGCACUGAGGUCCCGCCCCCUUGGAAGCAAGAGGGCUACUUGGCUUCCUCAGAAUCCCAGAUGAAGGAAACAACAGUAACGAGUUCUACUCAGAUCAGGACCGAAGAACGAUGGGAAGGAAGAUAUGGUAUCCAAGAGCAGGUGACCAUCACUGGGGCCACUGGAGCAGCUGCCAGUGCUUCUGUGGCUACAGAAGCCAUAGCUGGUGGGGCCAAACAGGUCAUACAAGACAGUGACAAAUCAGCAGCUGUUGCGACUGUAGUUGCUGCCGUUGAUCUGGCAAGAGUGCGAGAACCAGUUACAAGUGCUGUAGAGGAGACUGCAACAAGGACAACUAGAACUGCAGUGCACAUUCAACCUGGUCAAGAACAGACCAGAAAGGAAGCGGAGAAGACUGCCAUGACAAAGGUGACAGUUGCCGCAGAUAAAACCAAGGAACAAGAACUAAUAUUAAGAACAAGAGAAGAAUUCGCUUCCAAACAAGAGCAAAUACAUAUUACUCACGAAAAGGUGAGAAAAGAAACUGAAAAAGCUUUUGUACCUAAGGUAAUAAUUUCAGCUGCUAAAGCCAAAGAACAAGAAAAAGUAUCGAAAAUUACUGAAGGAAAGGCUACAAAACAGGAACAAAUGCACAUAACUCAUGAAACGAUGACAAGAGAAACUAAGAAAACUGUGGUACCCAAGGUAAUAAUUGCCACACCGAAAGUCAAAGAACAAGACACAGUGUCCAGAACUAGAGAAGGAUUCACGACGUCACAAGAACAAGUACACAUAACUCAUGAAAAGAUGAGAAAGGAAGCUGAGAAAAAAGCUCUUGCUUCAAUAGCAGUGACCACUGCAAAAUCCAAAGAACAAGAAUCAUUUUUGAGAACCAGAGAUGUGGCUACUAAACGUGAACAAAUCCAUGUUUCUCAUGAAAAGGUUGAAGCCGGAAAAAAGGCAGAAGCUGUAGCUACUGUUGUGGCUGCAGUAGAUCAAGCACGUAUCAGAGAGCCCAGAGAGCCAGCCCCCAUGGAAGACUCUUACGCUCAAAAAACUACUUUGGAAUAUGGCUACAAGGAGCAUGUUGCUGCAACAAAAGUCAUCGAGCAUCCUCAGCGCCCAGCAUCCGAACCACAAGUUGUCCCUAAAGCAGUCAAACCUGCAGUAGUCCAGGUUCCUUCUGAAACACACGUUUCUGCUGCCGAGCAAGCGAGAAUGCAGAUUUCCUCCCAGGUCAAGAGAACAUCGGACCUGCUGACCGAAAGAUUGGUCCACGUGGAACAUACACGUCCCCGCACGGCGAGUCCGCAUUUCACAGUGUCAAAAAUUUCUGUCCCUAAAACGGAACAUGGCUAUGAGGCUUCCAUAGCAGGCACCGCCAUUGCUACUCUGCAAAAAGAACUCUCUGCCACCUCCACUUCGACUCAGAAGAUUACAAAGCCCGUGAAGGCCCCUCUUGUAAAACCAGUCGACACGAGAAUACGGGCAGAGCCCAGCCCGUCCCCACAGUUCCCCUUCGUCGACACAGCUGACACUUACAAGAGGCAUGCCGGAAUCGAGGUGAAAAAGGAACUCGGGGUGAGAUUCUCCCGUGAUUCAGUCCGAGAAGAACACUACGUGGCAAGACAGGAAAGAGAGCCCAAGGUUACAGAAAUGGCCAGAAUACCCGCACCGGCGGAAGCUCCAGUUACUCCACCAACUUUAGUCUCUGGCCUUAAGAACGUGACCGUCAUGGAAGGUGAAUCCGUGACUUUGGAAUGCUAUAUCUCUGGGCAUCCAACCCCGACUGUCAUAUGGUACCGGGAAGAUUACCAAAUUGAGUGUUCCAUUGAUUUCCAAAUCACCUUCCAAAGCGGAAUUGCCCGUCUCAUGAUUCGCGAAGCCUUCGCUGAAGACAGCGGGAGAUUUUCUUGCACUGCUGUGAACGAAGCUGGAACUGUCAGCACUUCAUGCUACUUAGCUGUACAGGUAUCCGAAGAAUUUGAGAGCAGGGAGAUGGCUGCCGUUGCAGAGAAGAAGGUCACUACAGAGGAGAAACGCUUCGUGGAGUCUAGAGAUGUGGUCAUGGUAGACACCAGCAUUCCCGACGAACCCACCGGCCCCGGGGAGCCAGCUGCUCCUUCCUUCAUCAGGAAGCCAGUGGUUCAGAAAUUAGUCGAAGGGGGGAGCGUUGUCUUCGAGUGUCACGUCGGAGGAAACCCGAAGCCCCACGUCUACUGGAAAAAGGCUGGUGUUCCUCUCACCAGCGGAUAUAGAUAUAAAGUCAGUUACAACAAGCAGACUGGUGAGUGCAGACUGGUGAUUUCCAUGACUUUUGCCGACGAUGCUGGAGAAUACACCAUCGUUAUUCGGAACAAAUACGGCGAGAUAUCUGCUUCGGCCUCCUUGCUCGAAGAAGCUGAGUAUGACAUGCUGAUGAGGUCCCAGCAGGAAGCAUUUUACCAGACUCAAGGGACUGCAUUUGUGCCAGAACCUCAAGUUGGAGAGAUGGCACCGGGAUUUUCGUACCCAGAAUAUGAAAAAGAAUACGAAAAGGAACAAGCACUUAUUAGGAAGAAAAUGGCAAAAGAUACUGUUUUGAUUCGAUCUUUUGUAGAGGACCAGGAAUUCCAUAUCUCUUCCUUCGAAGAGAGACUCAUCAGAGAGAUCGAAUACAGAAUAAUCAAGACCACGUUAGAAGAACUCCUCGAAGAAGACGGAGAAGAGAGGAUGGCGGUUGACGUUGCUGAAUCGGAAACGAUUGAAGCGGGCUUUGAUUUGAGAUUAAAAAAUUACAGGAUUUUUGAGGGAAAGAGUGCUACUUUCCAUUGCAAAAUGUCCGGCUAUCCAUUACCAAAGAUUGCGUGGUACAAAGAUGGCAAGCGCAUUCGGCCGGGAGAACGAUACCAAAUGGAAUUUCUGCAGGAUGGGAGAGCUACCUUGCGUUUGCCAGUCGUGCUCCCAGAAGAUGAAGGGAUCUACACGGCAUUUGCCAGCAAUGUCAAAGGCAAUGCUAUUUGUUCUGGAAAAUUGUACGUGGAGCCUGCGGCACCUUUUACGGCCCCAUCCUAUUUGCCGGCACCAGCAUCCGUGACCAGAAUUCGAUCAAUUUCGCCUCGUUCCACCAGUCGUUCUCCUGCACGCCUGUCUCCAGCCCGCAUGUCUCCGGUCCGAUUGUCCCCCGCACGCCUGUCUCCGGCCCGUGUGUCCCCUGGACGGAGGCUGGAUGAAACAGAUGAAUCCCAGCUGGAGAGAUUGUACAAGCCCGUCUUCGUGCUGAAACCCACCUCUUUCAAAUGCGCAGAAGGGCAGACUGCAAGAUUCGACUUGAAAGUUGUCGGCCGACCUAUGCCAGAAACAUUCUGGUUUCAUGACGGUCAACAAGUUGUUAAUGACUUUACCCAUAAAAUAGUCAUCAAAGAGGAUGGUACACAGUCAUUAAUUAUCGUGCCUGCCAACCCGAGUGACUCCGGAGAGUGGGCUGUAAUUGCACAGAACAGGGCUGGAAAAUCUUCAAUCACAAUGAAUUUAACUGUGGAAGCUGUGGAACACCAGGUGAAGCCGGCAUUUGUGGAAAAACUGAGGAACGUGAAUGUAAAGGAAGGCUCUAGCCUUGAAAUGAAAGUCAGAGCUACGGGCAAUCCGAAUCCAGACAUUGUUUGGUUGAAAAACAGUGACAUCAUUGUACCUCAUAAAUAUCCAAAGAUUAAAAUCGAAGGAACCAAGGGCGCAGCGGCCCUUAAGAUAGACUCGAUUGUCAGCCACGAUUCCGCAUGGUACACUGCGACUGCCAUCAAUAAGGCGGGACGUGACACUACCAGGUGUAAAGUGAACGUGGAUGUUGAAUUUUCCGAGCCUGAACCGGAGAGAAGAUUGAUCAUCCCACGGGGAACUUACAAAGCUAAAGAGAUCGCUGCCCCAGAACUGGAACCGCUCCACCUGCGAUAUGGCCAAGAGCAGUGGGAAGAGGGAGACCUCUAUGAUAAAGAGAAGCAACAGAAGCCCUUCUUUAAGAAGAAACUCACGUCACUGAGGCUCAGGCGUUUUGGGCCGGCCCACUUCGAAUGCCGACUCACCCCAAUCGGCGACCCGACCAUGGUGGUGGAAUGGCUCCACGACGGCAAGCCUCUGGAAGCCGCCAACAGGCUCCGCAUGAUCAACGAAUUUGGAUAUUGCAGCCUUGACUACGGAGUCGCCUACAACAGGGACAGCGGAGUUAUCACCUGCAGAGCGAGUAACAAGUACGGGACCGAUCACACGUCCGCUACCCUCAUCGUUAAAGACGAGAAAAGUCUCGUUGAAGAAUCCCAGCUGCCCGAAGGCAGGAAGGGACUGCAGCGGAUCGAAGAGCUGGAGAGGAUGGUCCACGAGGGGGCCCUUACCGGCGUGACGACAGAUCAGAAAGAGAAGCAAAAGCCAGACAUCGUUCUGUUCCCCGAGCCAGCCAGGGUCCUCGAGGGGGAAACGGCUCGGUUCCGUUGCCGGGUCACGGGCUACCCUCAGCCCAAAGUCAACUGGUAUCUCAACGGGCAGCUCAUCCGCAAGAGCAAGAGGUUUCGGGUCCGCUACGACGGCAUCUACUACCUGGACAUCGUAGACUGCAAAUCCUACGACACGGGAGAAGUCAAGAUCACGGCAGAAAAUCCCGAAGGCAUCACAGAACACAGAGUGAAGCUGGAGAUUGAACAGAGGGAAGAUUUCCGGUCUGUCCUCCGGCGAGCCCCCGAAUAUAAGCCUGAAACCCAAGUCCACGAACCCGGGAAACUUGAGUUUGAGGUGCAGAAGGAAGACCAACCUGCCGAUACCAAGGAACCCAAGGAAGUGGUGAAGCUGAAAAGGGCCGAGAGAAUCACCCAUGAGAAGAUCUCUGAAGAGAGUGAAGAACUGCGCAGUAAAUUUAAGCGGAGGACAGAGGAGGGCUACUACGAAGCCAUCACCGCUGUGGAGCUCAAAUCCCGCAAAAAGGAUGAGUCGUACGAAGAAAUGCUGAAGAAGACGAAGGACGAACUCCUUCACUGGACCAAAGAAUUAACUGAGGAGGAAAAGAAAGCCCUCCUCCCUGAGGGACAGAUCACCAUUCCGACCUUUAAACCCGAAAGGAUCGAACUGAGUCCAAGUAUGGAAGCCCCCAAAAUCUUCGAGAGAAUUCAAAGCCAGACUGUCGGUGAGGGUUCCGACGCCCAUUUCCGAGUGAGGGUAGUGGGAAAACCAGACCCUGAGUGUGAAUGGUACAAAAAUGGAGUUAAGAUCGAACGUUCUGACCGCAUAUACUGGUACUGGCCAGAGGAUAACGUCUGCGAAUUAGUCAUCAGAGAUGUCACGGCGGACGACUCUGCUAGCAUCAUGGUGAAAGCUAUCAAUGUAGCUGGCGAAACCUCCAGCCAUGCAUUCUUGCUUGUUCAAGCUAAACAGUUGGUCACUUUCACCCAGGAAUUACAAGAUGUGGUUGCUAAGGAAAAAGACACCAUGGCAACCUUUGAAUGUGAAACUUCGGAGCCAUUUGUCAAAGUGAAAUGGUUUAAGGACGGUGUGGAAAUUUCUUCUGGAGAUAAAUAUAGGAUGCACUCUGACAGGAAGGUCCACUUCCUUUCUGUACUGACAAUCGACAUGUCUGAUGCUGAAGAUUAUAGCUGCGAACUUGUGGAGGAUGAAAAUACCAGGACCACAGCCAAACUUAUUGUUGAAGGCGCUGUUGUUGAGUUUGUGAAAGAACUCGAGGAUCUAGAAGUUCCAGAGUCAUUGUCAGGAGAACUAGAAUGCAUCAUUUCCCCUGAAAAUGUUGAAGGUAAAUGGUACCAUGGUGACGUAGAACUGCACUCCAAUGGCAAAUACACCAUUGUAUCGCGCCGUGGCCGUCAAAGCCUCACCGUCAAGGAUGUUACCAAGGAAGACCAAGGGCAAUACAGCUUUGUGGUUGAUGGGAAAAAGACAAGCUGUCGUCUGAAGAUGAAACCCCGCCCCAUAGCGAUCCUGCAAGGCUUGAGCGAUCAAAAAGUCUGUGAAGGUGACAUUGUACAGCUUGAAGUUAAAGUCUCCUUGGAGAACGUGGAAGGCAUCUGGAUGAAAGAUGGCCAGGAAGUGCAGCCCAGUGAUCGGGUUCACAUUGUGAUAGACAAGCAAUCACACAUGUUGCUCAUUGAGGACAUGACCAAGGAAGAUGCUGGAAAGUAUUCCUUCACCAUUCCUUCCCUUGGACUUUCGACGAAUGGACGGAUCUCCGUUUACAGUGUGGGCAUAGUGACACCUCUCAAAGACGUGAACGUGAUUGAGGGCACGAAGGCGGUUCUGGAAUGCAAGGUUUCAGUCCCAGACGUGACUUCAGUUAAAUGGUACUUAAACGAUGACCAAAUCAAGCCCGACGACCGCGUCCACGCCAUCGUCAAAGGAACCAAGCAACGGUUGGUACUCAACCGAACCCACGCCUCAGACGAAGGGCCUUACACGUUGGUCGUCGGGAAAGUUGAAACGAGCUGCAAUCUCACUGUGGAAAAAAUCAAAAUAGUCAGAGGUCUUCAUGACCUUACCUGCACUGAGACACAGAAUGUGGUCUUUGAGGUCGAGCUUUCCCAUGCAGGAAUUGAUGUCCUGUGGAAUUUUAAGAACAAGGAGCUCAAGCCUAGUGAAAAAUAUAAAAUCGAAGCUCACGGAAAAAUAUACAAAUUGACAGUCCUGAACAUGAUGAAGGAUGAUGAGGGAGAAUAUACAUUUUAUGCCGGUGAAAAUAUGACUUCUGGAAAACUGACAGUAGCAGGGGGUGCAAUCUCCAAGCCUCUGACAGACCAGACCGUGGCGGAGUCGCAGGAAGCCGUCUUCGAGUGCGAAGUGGCCAAUCCGGAUUCCUCAGGCGAAUGGCUAAAGGAGGGCAAACCCCUGGCGAUGAGUAACAACAUCCGAAGUGAGAAAGAUGGACACAAAAGAAGGCUCAUCAUCGCCGUUACUAAAUUAGAUGACAUUGGGGAGUACACGUACAGAGUGGCUACCUCAAAAACAUCUGCUAAACUCAAAGUUGAAGCUGUCAAAAUCAAGAAGACCCUAAAGAACCUGACUGUGACAGAAACCCAAGACGCUGUUUUCACUGUGGAUCUUACUCACCCUGAUGUGAAAGGAGUUCAGUGGAUCAAGAACGGAGUUGAGCUACGAUCCAAUGACAAAUAUGAAAUCUCUGUGAAGGGAACCUCUUACACUCUGAGGAUUAAAAACUGUGCUAUUGUCGAUGAGUCCGUUUAUGGCUUUAAACUCGGAAGGUUAGGAGCCAGUGCAAGACUUCACGUUGAGACCGUGAAGAUCAUUAAAAAGCCGAAGGACGUGACUGCCCUGGAAAAUGCCACAGUGGCUUUUGAAGUCAGCGUCUCCCACGACACCGUACCAGUAAAAUGGUUCCACAAGAAUGUGGAGAUUAAGCCAAGCGAUAAACACAGGCUGGUUUCAGAAAGGAAAGUCCACAAACUGAUGCUGCAAAACAUUGCCUCUGCCGACGCUGGAGAAUACACUGCUGUAGUCGGGCAACUCGAAUGCAAGGCCAAGUUGUUUGUGGAGACCCUCCAUAUCACAAAGACCAUGAAGAGCAUCGAAGUGCCCGAGACCAAAACGGCCUCUUUUGAGUGUGAAGUGUCUCACUUCAACGUCCCUGCCAUGUGGCUGAAGAACGGGGUGGAGAUUGAAAUGAGUGAAAAGUUUAAAAUCGUCGUCCAGGGAAAACUCCAUCAACUCAAUAUCAUGAACACCAGCACAGAGGAUUCAGCAGAGUACACUUUUGUCUGUGGAAAUGAUCAAGUCAGUGCCACCCUGACAGUGACGCCGAUCCUAAUUACAUCUAUGCUGAAAGACAUCAAUGCGGAAGAAAAGGAUACAAUCACAUUCGAAGUAACUGUGAACUAUGAAGGCAUCACUUACAAAUGGCUGAAGAACGGAGUCGAGAUCAAGUCAACUGAUCGGUGCCAGAUGAGAACCAAGAAGCUCACCCACUCACUGAACAUAAGAAAUGUCCAUUUUGGAGAUGCCGCCCAGUACAGUUUUGUGGCUGGGAAAGCAGCCUCCACAGCUACCCUCUUUGUGGAAGCUCGUCACAUUGAAUUUAGGAAACAUAUUAAGGAUAUUAAGGUUUUGGAGAAGAAAAGAGCGGUGUUUGAAUGUGAAAUUUCUGAACCCGACAUCACCGUCCAGUGGAUGAAAGAUGGGCAGGAACUGCAGAUUACUGACAGAAUGAAGAUCCAGAAGGAGAAAUAUGUUCAUCGUCUCCUUAUCACUUCGGCACGCAUGUCAGAUGUUGGGCAGUACUCGGUGGUGGCAGGAGGAAACAUGUCCACUGCUAAUCUCUUUGUGGAAGGCCGUGAUGUUCGCAUAAGGAGUAUCCGUAAGGACGUUCAGGUCAUUGAGAAACAGCGUGCUGUCGUGGAAUUUGAAGUCAAUGAAGAAGAUGUUGAUGCCCGCUGGUACAAAGAUGGUAUUGAGAUCAAUUUCCAGAUUCAGGAACGCUACCAGUACGUCGUGGAAAGAAGAAUCCAUAGAAUGUGCAUCACUGAGACCAGACAAAGUGAUGCUGGAGAAUUCACCUUUGUGGCAGGAAAAAACAGGAGUUCCGUGACACUCCACGUCAAUGCUCCCGAGCCUCCACAGAUCAUCCAGGAACUCCAGCCCAUCACGGUGGAGUCCGGCAAACCUGCCCGCUUCUGCGCGGUGGUCUCAGGCCGACCCCAGCCCAAAAUCACUUGGUUCAAAGAGGAACAGCGGCUUUCCACUGGCUUCAAGUGCAAGUUUCUGCACGACGGGCAGGAGUACACCCUCCUGCUCAUCGAGUCUUUCCCGGAAGAUGCAGCCAUCUACACGUGUGAAGCCAGGAACGACUAUGGCGUCGCCAUUACCUCAGCCUCCCUUUCUGUGGAAGUUCCAGAAGUUGUCUCCCCUGAUCUGGAAAUGCCCAUGUAUCCUCCCGCCAUCAUUUCACCACUUCGCGAUACUGUCACUUCUGAAGGACGGUCAGCUCGCUUCCAGUGCAGAGUUUCAGGAACAGAUCUGAAAGUCACUUGGUACAGCAGAAAUAAGGAGAUCAAGCCAUCUCGGUUCUUUAGAAUGACUCAAUUCGAAGACACGUACCAACUGGAAAUUGCUGAAGCUUAUCCCGAGGACGAAGGAAUAUACACAUUCGUUGCUAGUAAUGCUGUAGGCCAAGUGUCCAGCACAGCUAACCUGACACUGGAAGGAUGUGAGAACGUGGAAGAAGUUACACCAAACCCCCAGGGGCUUGUCUCUUCACUGAUUUCAUUUAAGAAGAGUCUGGGCCAGCGGCCUGCCUUCAUCCAGCCUAUUUCGAGCUGCAGGGUGUGCAGUGGGGAGGCAGUCAGAUUUCAUGCCAGGGUGUCUGGUCUGCCCAAACCAGAAAUCCAGUGGUUUCAUAACCAGCAGCUAAUGCUGCCAACCAAAGAUCUGGUUUUCCACUACAAUGUUGCAACAGGCAUGGCUUUACUGCUAAUAGUUGAUGCUUUCUCAGAGCAUGCUGGGCAGUACUCUUGCAAAGCAAAGAAUAGUGUUGGCGAAGCCACUUGCACUGCUACACUUACAGUGACGCCGGAAGCUCUGGAAGCAGUUCUGCAGGAGGAGAUGGAACAACAGAUUGAGAUUGAAGUGAGAGAAUUUUCUAGUUCUAUUGUUCCAUCUGCUGAGGAAGAAAGCACCGACCUCCAAUUACCAGGCCAAGAUGUAACACCUGAACUUUUGUCUGAAGCUUCAGUUUAUUCUGCCAAAUUUGGUCCCAGUAGGGAAGGCAGUGCUCCCAUGUUCAUCAGACAGGUUUCUGACACUGAAAUAAGUUUAGGAGAUGUAGCCAAACUUUCGGUCACGGUCACUGGCAUUCCGAAACCUAAAAUCCAGUGGUUCUGUAACGGAGUCCAGUUGACAUCUUCUACAGACUACAAAUUUGUAUUUGAUGGUAAUGAUUAUAGCCUGAUCAUUCUGUAUGCAAAAUCUGAGGAUGAGGGAAAGUAUACUUGUGUUGCCAGUAAUGAAUAUGGCAAGAUUGCAUGCAGUGCUUUUCUAAAGAUAACUCAUAAAGAGGUAGUGGAGGAAUGUGAAGAAAGAGUGGGGGAACCAGAAAUAGGGGAACUUUUGGAAAAGAGGGGCAGGCCUUCUCCUCCCCUCUUCAUUAAGAAGCUCAAACCUAUUCAGUGUGCUCGAGGGGUUCCUGCUAUUUUCGACUACAUAGUCACUGGUGAACCAGUUCCUGAAAUUCAGUGGUUUAAGGGAAAUGACCAGCUCUGUACAAAUAUAUAUUAUACCAUCAUUCAGCAUUCAGAUGGUGCAGGCUCAUUAAUUGUAAACAAUCCUCAAAGUGAAGAUGCUGGACUAUAUAUCUGUAAAGCAGUAAACACUUGGGGUGAAUCCAUGUGUAAGGCAGAAUUGCUUGUGUUUCAUGAAGGGCUUGAUUCCUCUCCCCAAGGAAAAACAAGUCAAGCCCUUCUUGCAGAGCCCUGCACCCCUGAAAUGGAUUCCCUCCAAAUGUUACCAACGGGACAUGAUGUCAAGGUAAUUUACUCAGAACAAGAGAUCACAUCCUACGUACAAGACACCAUUUUGAAUGCCGCCUUGGUCAUCGAAGAUCAAGCAACCUUGGGGGAAAGCCCAACCUUGCUGGAAUCUAUGGUCGUGGAAGAGCAAAAGACCCUAUCUUCAGAAGUUUCCCUUGAAUUUCCUGCCAUGGAUGAGGUGAGGCCUAGUCAGUUGACUGAAGAACCCUCUCCCACACUGCAGCCACAGGUGAUGCAGACAGAGAUAACACUCCCAAAAGAAGACAUUCUGUCUCUUCAUAAACCUCCAUCCCAAGCUGCCUCAACUAGUACUGAGAAAAUGUUUCAGAGGGCUGUGACCACAGAAGAAAAUGGCACAUUACCAGCUGAACAACUUGUCAUUUUGCCAGCUACCACAGAAGGGGAAUUUCUAAGAUCUACAACUGAACCGCAAGUGCGGGUCCAUUCCAGCCAGGUGACUGAAGAGAUUCCUCUUCCAAAAGAAGAGGUGAUAAAAGCCUCAGAGAAAAAACAAAGAGCAUCUCUUCAAAAAGAAGAGCACCAAAUGGCUUUGCAGUUACCCUCUCUAACGGGAAGUCAAAAUUUAGUAGAGGGACCAAUGGAACUUUUUCAGGAGACAGAGAUCUUGGCUUUUGAGAUGAAGUGUGAACCCCAAUUUCCCUCAGAACCAGUACACGUGGAAAAAAAAGGUGUUCUGGUAGAGAGCGCAGACCGACUGGAAGGUGCAGAGCAAGAUUUUGCAGUAAGGAUUCAGGAAGGGCAGUCGGUAAGGAUUCCUCUAGCACUAGAGGAACAGCGAGUACUAGGGGAAGAGCAUGCUGCUGACAUGACAGCUUCAGAAACGAAAAUGACACAAGCUGUAAAACAACCCAAGGAAGCUCAGAAUGUUCACGAAGUACAGGAAAAUGGUAUUCUUGAUAAGGAAAAGCAGUUGGCCCCUGACAUUCCCGAACAAGCCCAAUUAGACAUAAAGACACAGAUCCGAAGAGCCCUAAAAGUUGCUGUGGCAAGAGAACAACCCAUCCUCUUUUCUGAAUGGCUGAGGGACAUUGAGAAAGUUGAAGUCAAGACUGUAAAAGUUACUAAAGAACCUAAGAUCGUAAUGUGCACGUAUCUCGGUACCACUACAGGAAGUUCCAUUACCGAAGAAUUCACCAUCACCCUUGAGGGUAUCAAUCCUCAGACAGCUAAUUUGAAGACACAGCUUAAAGAUGCCUUGUGGUCUAUUGUUUGUGAGGAAAAACAUGUGCUACUUGCAGAACAACCCAGUCUAAGUGAAGGGGUUGAUUCCUGUUCAGAUUUAAUAGAACCGGAAGAGGUCGAAAUAACCACCGAACCCGAAGUUCAGUCCGGAAGCCUUGUCUCAAAUCAAGAAGUCCACUGUGUUAGUGUGGAAAGUCAUGUUAGGGAUAUAGGUGCCACAUCAGAGAUUCUUUCUGGUUCCCUCCCAGUUGAAAAACCACAGGAGAUUGUGAAAAUGAUUGAGAAAAAAGAGUCAAAGUUUGAAAAAGAUACCGGGGACAGUGUCACAGCCCAGAAACCAGAGAAGUCUUCAGCUAACAGGGAUUGUCCUGUCAUACGCAGGCAUUUGGUAGACACUGUUGCUGAGGAAAAUGAUAGUGUAAGACUUUCAACUGUAAUACUGAAUGCCAAAGAGGUAAAUUGGUAUUUUGAGAAUAAACUGUUGUCUUCAGACAAAAAAUUCAAGUGUAUACAAGAUGAUCAAACCUAUACACUAGAAAUCAACAAAGUGAUCCAGGAGGGGCAUCAAGGAGAUUAUACCUGUGAGGCACAGAACGAUGGUGGAAAAACAUCAACUUCCGCGAAACUCACAAUAGUUAAAAGAGCUGCCCCGAUAAUCAAGAGGAGAAUCGAGUCUCUGGAAGUCGCGUUGGGCCAUCUGGCUAAAUUCACUUGUGAGAUUGAGAGCGCGCCCAAUGUUCGAUUCCAGUGGUUCAAAGCUGGACGUGAAAUUUAUGAGAGCGACAAGUGUUCAUUACAGACCACAAACUAUACCUCCACUCUGCAGAUCCUGAGAACUCAAGUAGUUGACUGUGGUGAAUAUAGCUGUAAAGCUUCAAAUGAGUACGGGAGCGUAAGCUGCACAGCUACCUUAACAGUGACUGCUCCAGCUGAAAAGAAGCCACACAAAUUACUGCCUGAACCAACACCUAAACCAAAAGAAGAAAUUGUUCUGAAAAAGGUUCUGAGACCAAGCCCAGAAGAAGAAGAACAUAAAGUAGAACCUAAAAAAGUAGAAAAGAUUAAAAAACCUACAGUAAUAGAACCACCAAAGGCCGUGGAUGAAGUUGAAGCACCACCUGCGGAUGUUCCGAAAAAAGUGCAUAAGAGAGAAAUUCCCCAGAGAGAAAAAGUGCCUGAAAUUAAACCAGCAAUCCCUCUGCCUGCACCUGAACCCAAACCUGUGCCAGAAGUGAAAAUGGUUCAAGUAGCUGUGGAACCAGCACCAGUACCUGCCCCGGUACCUGCCCCAGUACCUGCCCCAGUGACCAAACCAGUGGUUAUAAAGAAAGCAGAAGUCAAAGCACCAAAAGAGGAACCUGCCAAGCCCAAAGGCCCUAUUAUAGGUGUACCCAAAAAGACUCCUUCCCCAGCAGAGGCUGAAAAGAAAAGAUUAAGGCCAGGGAGUGCUGGAGAGAAGCCUGCCGAUGAUGCGCCUUUUACCUACCAGCUGAAAGCUGUACCCUUGAAGUUCGUGAAAGAAAUCAAGGACAUCGUGUUGACAGAAGCCGAAUCAAUCGGUUCAUCGGCCAUCUUUGAAUGUCUCGUCUCCCCCUCCACUGCCGUUACAGGUUGGAUGAAGGAUGGAAGCAAUAUCCGAGAAAGUCCAAAGCACAGGUUCAUUGCAGAUGGAAAAGACAGAAAGCUGCACAUCAUUGAUGUACAGCUUUCAGAUGCCGGCGAAUACACUUGCGUAUUAAAAUUGGGAAAUAAAGAAAAGACCUCCACAGCCAAGCUUGUCGUUGAAGAACUUCCAGUGCGCUUUGUACAGACUCUUGAGGAGGAAGUCACAGUGGUUAAAGGACAACCUUUAUACCUGAACUGUGAAUUGAACAAAGAACGAGAAGUGGUCUGGAGGAAGGAUGGAAAAAUUAUUGUGGAGCAAGCCAACAAAAUUGUGCCAGGCGUUAUUGGUUUACUGAAGACUCUCACGAUCAACGAUACAGAUGACUUUGAUGCUGGGACUUACACUGUAACUGUAGAAAAUGCCAACAAUCUCCAGUGUUCAUCUUGUGUGAAAGUUGUAGAAGUCAUUAGAGAGUGGUUAGUGAAACCUAUCCGAGACCAGUACGUGAAACCCAGGGGCACAGCCACCUUCUCCUGUGUUGUGGCCAAAGAUACACCAAAUAUUAAAUGGUUUAGAGGCUACGAAGAAAUUCCUUUGGAACCAAAUGAUAAGACUGAGAUCCUAAGGGAUGGAAAACAACUGUACCUCAAAGUUAAGAAUGUCACACCUGAAGACAUUGACGAAUAUGCAGUGGAAGUUGAAGGCAAAAGAUAUACUGCAAAACUGAUCAUUGGUGAGCCUGAAGUGGAGCUGCUUAAGCCCCUGGAGGAUGUUACCGUGUAUGAAAAGGAAACUGCGUGUUUCGACUGUGAAAUCUCUGAGGAAGGUGUUCCUGGACAGUGGAAACUGAAAGGAGAAGUUCUGAGGCCCUCACCUACUUGUGAAAUCAAAGCCGAAGGAGGAAAGCGUUUCCUCACGUUACACAAUGUCAAAUUGGACCAGGCUGGUGAAGUGCUCUUCCAGGCUCUCAAUGCUUGUACGACAGCCAUUCUGACCGUGAAAGAGAUUGAACUUGACUUUGCUGUGCCUCUGAAGGAUGUCACUGUCCCAGAGAGGCGACAGGCUCGAUUUGAGUGUGCUCUCACCAGAGAGGCCAACGUUAUAUGGUCUAAAGGAACUGACAUCAUCAAAGCUUCUGACAAAUUUGACAUCAUUGCAGAUGGGAAGAAACACAUUCUUGUCAUCAAUAAUUCUCAGUUUGAUGAUGAAGGAGUCUAUACUGCUGAAGUUGAUGGGAAAAAGACCUCCGCCAGAUUAUUUGUUGUAGGGACUAGACUGAAGUUCAUAUCUCCUCUUGAAGAUCAAACAGUGAAAGAGGGGGAAACAGCGUUUUUUACCUGUGAGCUUUCUCAUGAAAAGAUGCUGUUGUCUUGGUAUAAAAAUGAUGUCAAACUCCACACAAGUAGAACGGUUCUCAUUUCCUCUGAGGGCAAGACCUACAAAUUAGAAAUGAGAGAAGUAACUCUGGAUGAUAUUUCUCAGAUAAAAGCCCAAGUCAAGGACCUGCAUUCUACUGCACAUCUGAAGGUCUUAGAGGCUGAUCCUUAUUUCACUGUGAAAUUACGUGACUACACCGGGCUUGAGAAAGAUGAAAUCAUCCUGAAGUGUGAAGUUAGCAAGGAUGUGCCAGUGAAAUGGUUCAAGGAUGGUGAGGAGAUUACACCAUCAACCAAAUACUCCAUCAAGACUGAUGGCCUGCGCCGCAUCUUAAAAAUCAAGAAAACGGAACUUGGUGACAAAGGCGAAUACAUGUGUGACUGUGGGACGGACAAGACGCAAGCGAAAAUUGCUGUUGAAGCCCGGCUGAUAAAAGUGGAAAAGCCUCUGUAUGGAGCCGAAGUGUUUGUCGGUGAAACAGCGCGCUUUGAAAUUGAGCUUUCUGAGCCUGAUGUUCACGGCCAGUGGAAAUUAAAAGGAGAACCUCUAACUGCUUCACCUGACUGUGAAAUCAUUGAAGAUGGCAAGAAACACAUUCUGGUCCUUUACAACUGCCAACUGGACAUGACAGGAAAAGUUUCCUUCCAGGCUGCGAACGCUAAAUCUGCUGCUAAUCUUAAAGUGAAAGAACACCCUCUACUCAUCAUCACGCCGCUCAAUGACGUGAAGGUCUUCGAGAAGGAUGAGGCCAAGUUUGAAUGUGAGGUGUCCAGGGAACCCAAAACAUUCCGCUGGUUGAAAGGCACCCAGGAGAUCGCAAGUGAUGACAAAUUUGAGCUCAUCCAGGACGGUACCCGGCAUUCGUUGGUGAUCAAGUCAGCUGCUUUCGAAGAUGAGGCAAAAUACACAUUUGAAGCUGAAGACAAGAGAACCAGCGGCAAACUGAUCAUUGAAGGAAUUCGUCUGAAAUUCCUCAGCCCUCUCACGGAUGUGACAGCAAAAGAACGGGAAAGUGCGGUGUUUACUGUAGAACUCUCUCAUGACAAUAUCCAUGUUAAGUGGUUCAAAAACGACCAGCGACUACACACCAGCAAGCGAGUUUCAAUGCAGGGUGAAGGCAAAAUCCACUCCAUCACGUUGAAAGACCUCUCUAUUGAUGACACAUCUCAAAUUAGAGUGGAAGCUAUGGGGUUGAGUUCUGAAGCAAAACUCACCGUAAUCGAGGGAGAUCCCUACUUUACUGGAAAACUUCAAGACUACACCGGUGUGGAGAAAGAGGAAGUCAUUUUACAAUGUGAGAUUAGCAAACCAGAUGCCCCAGUGAAAUGGUUUAAAGACGGGAAGGAAAUAACCCCAUCUAAAGACGUCAUCAUCAAGGCCGAUGGCAAAAAGCGGAUGUUGAUCCUAAAGAAACCCUUGAAAUCAGACAUAGGUAGAUACACUUGUGAUUGCGGGACUGACCAGACAUCUGGCAAACUGAAUAUUGAAGAUCGGGAAAUUAAACUUGUUCGCCGGCUGAACAGCGUGGAGGUGACAGAGACCGAAACUGCUCGCUUUGAGACUGAGAUCUCUGAGGAUGAUAUCCAUGCCAACUGGAAACUGAAAGGAGAGGCCCUACACGAAACACCUGAAUGUGAAAUAAAGGAGGAAGGCAAACUGCACUUCCUUAUCCUUCAUAAUUGUCGCCUGGAUCAAGCCGGUGGGGUGGACUUCCAAGCAGCCAAUGUCAAAACUAGCGCUCAUCUUCGAGUUAAACCACGAGUAAUUGGACUUUUGAGACCCCUCAAGGAUGUAACAGUGACUGCAGGUGAAACAGCAACCUUCGAUUGCGAGCUCUCUUAUGAAGAUAUUCCAGUGGAGUGGUUCCUAAAGGGAAAGAAAUUAGAGCCCAGCGAAACGGUGGUCCCACGUUCAGAAGGAAGAGUUCAUACACUGACCCUGAGAAACGUGAAGUUAGAAGAUGCUGGAGAAGUCCAACUAACUGCAAAAGACUUCAAAACUCAAGCCAAACUCUUUGUUAAAGAACCCCCAGUUGAAUUCACUAAACCUCUUGAGGACCAGACGGUCGAAGAGGAAGCCACAGCAGUACUGGAAUGUGAGGUGUCCAGAGAAAAUGCCAAAGUGAAAUGGUUCAAAAAUGGAACCGAAAUCCUCAAAAACAAGAAGUAUGAUAUUGUUGCUGAUGGUAAAGUCAGAAAACUUAUUAUCCAUGGCUGUACGCCAGAAGACAUUAAAACAUACACCUGUGAUGCUAAAGAUUUCAAGACGUCCUGUAACCUCAAUGUAGUGCCCCCUCAUGUUGAGUUCUUGAGGCCUCUCACUGACCUCCAAGUAAAAGAAAAAGAAGUUGCUCGGUUCGAAUGUGAACUUUCCCGAGAAAAUGUCAAGGUGCAGUGGUUUAGAGAUGGUGCAGAAAUUAAAAAGGGUAAAAAAUACGACAUCAUUUCUAAAGGUGCCGUGCGCAUCCUAGUCAUCAGCAAAUGUCUGCUGGAUGAUGAAGCGGAAUAUUCCUGUGAAGCAAAAACAGCUCGAACCUCAGGCAUGCUGACAGUGCUGGAGGAAGAGGCUGUCUUUACCAAAAAUCUUCCUAACCUUGAAGUAAGUGAAGCAGACACUGUGAAGUUCAUCUGUGAAGUCUCCAAGCCUGGUGCGGCGGUCACAUGGUAUAAAGGGGAUGAAGAGAUCAUUGAGACGGGUCGAUAUGAGAUCCUCUCUGAGGGCCGGAAGAGGAUUCUGGUGAUACAUAACGCCCAACUGGAAGAUGCUGGCAGUUUCAACUGCAGGCUCCCAAGCUCGCGCACAGAUGGCAAACUCAAAGUGCAUGAGCUGGCUGCUGAAUUCAUAACCAAACCACAAAACCUCGAAGUGCUUGAGGGAGAAAAAGCCGAAUUUUCCUGUACCAUAUCAAAGGAAACCUUUGAGGUUCAGUGGAAAAAGGACAAUGUGACGCUUGAAUCUGGUGAUAAAUAUGACAUCAUUGCCGACGGUAAAAAGAGAACACUGGUCGUUAAGGAUUCUACACUACAGGAUAUGGGAACUUACGUUGUUAUGGUUGGUGCAGCUAGAGCAGCUGCCCAUUUGACAGUAAUUGAAAAACUCCGGAUCAUCGUUCCUCUGAAAGACAAGCGUGUUAAGGAAGAACAGGAAGCCCUUUUCCAUUGUGAAGUCAACACAGAAGGGGCUAAAGCUAAAUGGUUCCGAAAUGAUGAGGCCAUAUUUGACAGCUCAAAAUACAUCAUUGUCCAAAAAGAUUUAACCUACACCCUAAGAAUUAGAAAUUCCCGCCUGGAUGAUCAGGCCACCUAUUCAGUGUCGCUGACAAACCAGAGAGGGGAAAAUGUCAAGAGUGCAGCUGAACUAAUUGUAGAAGAGGAAGAUCUCAGGAUUAUUGAACCUCUUCAAGAUAUCGAAACGAUGGAGAAGAAGACUGUCACUUUCUGGUGCAAGGUGAAUCGACUCAACGUAACAUUGCAGUGGACCAAAAAUGGCGAGGAAGUUCCUUUGGACAAACGGAUUUUAUACAGAGUGGAUAAAUAUAAGCACUCUCUGAUUAUUAAAGACUGUGGAUUCAUGGAUGAAGGCGAAUACACUGUCACUGCUGGAAAAGACAAAUCUGUGGCAGAACUCCUGAUUAUAGAGGCACCUACAGAAUUUAUUGAGCCCUUGGAGGAUCAGACGGUCACUGAGUUUGAUGAUGCUGUCUUCUCGUGCCAGCUUUCCAGGGAAAAAGCAAAUGUAAAAUGGUACCGAAAUGGACGAGAAAUCAAAGAGGGCGAAAAAUAUGUGUUUGAAAAAGAUGGCGCUGUGCACAGACUGAUCAUAAAAGACUGCAGACUGGAUGACGAGUGUGAAUAUGCUUGCGGUGUAGAGGACAGGAGAUCAAGGGCUAGACUUUUUGUUGAAGAAAUCCCAGUAGAAAUCAUCAGACCACCCCAAGAUAUUCUCGAAGCUCCCGGUACCGACGUUGUCUUUUUUGCUGAGCUAAAUAAAGACAAGGUAGAGGUCCAGUGGCUGAGAAAUAACAUGAUUAUAGUCCAAGGUGAUAAGUACCAGAUGAUGAGCGAAGGAAAGAUUCAUAGGCUACAGAUAUGUGAUAUCAAACCACGUGACCAAGGGGAAUACAGAUUCAUUGCCAAAGAUAAAGAAGCUAGAGCUAAACUGGAGCUGGCAGCGGCCCCUAGAAUCAAGACUGCUGAUCAGGACCUCGUGGUGGAUGUUGGAAAACCUUUGACAAUGGUUGUUCCAUACGAUGCUUACCCCAAAGCAGAAGCUGAGUGGUUUAAGGCAAGUGAAGUUUUACCUACAAAAACAGUGGACACCACAGCGGAACAAACUUCCUUCAGAAUUCUUGAAGCCAAGAAAUCAGACAAAGGAAGGUACAAGGUCGUUUUACAAAACAAACACGGGAAAGCAGAGGCCUUCAUCAAUGUAGAUGUUAUCGAUGUUCCAGGACCAGUUCGCAAUUUAGAAGUGACAGAAACCUUCGACGGGGAAGUUGGCCUGGCUUGGGAAGAGCCAUUAACUGAUGGUGGGAGUAAAAUUAUUGGUUACGUGGUGGAAAGACGGGACAUCAAGCGGAAGACCUGGGUAUUGGUCACUGACCGGGCGGAGAGCUGUGAAUUUACCGUGACUGGACUACAGAAAGGUGGAGUCGAAUACCUUUUCCGUGUAAGCGCGAGGAACAGAGUUGGGACUGGUGAGCCAGUAGAAACAGAUAAUCCCGUAGAAGCAAGAAGCAAAUACGAUGUUCCAGGCCCUCCACUGAAUGUAGCCAUCACUGAUGUAAACAGGUUUGGAGUUUCACUUACCUGGGAGCCACCCGAAUAUGAUGGAGGCACUCCAAUUACAGGCUAUGUCAUUGAGUUACGCGACAAAACUUCAAUCAGAUGGGAUACCGCCAUGACAACAAGAGCCGAGGACCUGUCCGCGACUGUUACUGAUGUUGUAGAAGGAAAUGAGUACAGUUUCCGAGUCAGAGCACAAAACAGAAUUGGAGUUGGAAAACCAAGUGCAGCCACACCAUUCACGAAAGUCCGUGACCCAAUGGAGAGACCAAGUCCUCCCAUUAACCUCAAUUAUUCAGAACAGACUCAGUCCUCUGUCCAGCUUACUUGGGAACCUCCCCUGAAAGAUGGCGGGAGUCCAAUCCUGGGGUACAUUGUUGAAUACUGUGAAGAGGGAAAAGAUGAUUGGAUCCGUUGCAACAAGAAACUCAUUCCCAAACUCACUUACAAGGUUACUGGAUUGAAACAAGGAAAUAAAUAUAUGUACCGGGUCUCUGCAGAAAACCAAGUUGGUAUUUCUGACCCAACGGAUGUUCUUGGACCACUAAUGGCUGAUGACUCCUUUACUGAACCCACCAUGGAUUUAAGUGAAUUCAAGGAUGGCCUGGAAGUCAUUGUUCCAAACCCGAUCAAGAUCCUGGUUCCAAGCACUGGCUACCCCAGGCCCAAGGCCACCUGGUCUUUUGGUGAUCAAGUCUUGGAAGCCAGUGACCGUGUGAAAAUGAAGACCUUAUCUGCCUAUGCAGAACUUGUCAUCACUCCAAGUGAACGACCAGAUAAGGGCAUCUAUAUAUUACAAUUAGAAAAUCCCGUGGCAGCAAUUUCUGGAGAAAUCAGUGUUAAUGUCAUCGCUCGACCCAGUGCACCCAAGGAACUGAAAUUCAGCGAUAUCACCAGGGACUCGGUACAUUUGACCUGGGAACCACCAGAUGAUGAUGGAGGAAGUCCACUGACUGGAUACCUCAUUGAGAAACGAGAAGUCAGCCGUAAACUAUGGAACAAAGUUAUGGACUUAGUAACUGACCAAGAAUUCACAGUUCCUGAUCUCAUUCAAGGAAAAGAAUAUCUAUUUAAAGUCUGUGCCUGCAACAAAUGUGGCCCUGGGGAACCUGCUUAUACUGACGAACCUGUAAAUAUGUCAGCUCCAGCAACUGUUCCUGAUCCACCAGAGAAUGUCAGGUGGAGAGAUCCAACAGCAAAAAGCAUCUUCCUGACAUGGGAACCGCCAAAAUACGAUGGAGGGUCUCGCAUCAAAGGCUAUAUAGUGGAAAAAUGUCCACGGGGUUCUGAUAAAUGGGUAGCCUGCGGAGAGCCAGUGGCUGAAACCAAAAUGGAAGUGACAGGUCUUGAAGAAGGCAAGUGGUAUGCUUAUCGUGUGAAAGCUUUGAACAGGCUAGGAGCUAGCAAACCAAGCAAGCCGACGGAUGAAAUUCAGGCAGUGGACACAAAGGAGGCCCCAGAAAUUUUCCUAGAUGUGAAGCUGCUGGCUGGCCUCACUGUAAAAGCUGGAACGAAGAUCGAACUUCCCGCCACUGUGACUGGAAAACCUGAGCCCAAGAUCACCUGGACGAAGGCCGACGUCAUUCUGAAACCGGACAAAAGGCUCACCAUCGAAUCCGCUCCCAACAAAUCCACCGUGACUAUCGUCGAUAGCAAGAGGAGUGACACUGGCACCUACAUCAUCGAGGCUGUGAAUACCAGUGGACGAGCUACUGCUGUGGUGGAGGUCAAUGUGCUCGAUAAGCCAGGGCCUCCUGCGGCAUUUGAUAUCUCAGAAAUUACCAACGAAUCCUGUGUGCUCACAUGGAACCCUCCCCGGGAUGACGGUGGGUCUAAGAUCACAAACUACGUGCUGGAAAGAAGAGCAACCGACAGCGAAGUUUGGCACAAGUUAUCGUCCACUAUCAAAGAUACGAAAUACAAGGCGACCAAAUUAACACCGAACAAAGAGUAUGUCUUCAGAGUUGCUGCGGAAAAUAUGUAUGGGGUUGGGGAACCAGUGCAAGCGAGCCCAAUAAUCGCCAAGUUUUCUUUUGAUCCACCGGGAUCUCCUACAAAACUUGAACCUACUGACAUAACCAAAGAUUCAGUAACUCUAACAUGGUGUGAGCCAGAUGACGACGGUGGAAGCCCAAUCACCGGAUAUUGGAUUGAAAGAUUUGAUCCUGAGACUGAUAAAUGGGUCAAGUGCAAUAAGAUGCCAGUGAAGGAUACAACAUACAAAGUGAAAGGUCUCACCAAUAAAAAGAAGUACAAGUUCCGAGUGUUGGCAGAAAACCUUGCUGGACCCGGAAAACCCAGCAGAGCAACAGAACCGAUCUUAGUCAAGGAUCCAAUUGAUCCUCCAUGGCCCCCUGGCAAACCGACUGUAAAAGACGUCGGCAAGACAUCGCUGUUCUUGAAUUGGACCAAGCCAGAACACGACGGGGGGGCAAAGAUUGAAUCGUACGUCAUUGAACUGCUAAAAACUGGUACAGACGACUGGGUGAGAGUGGCUGAAGGUGUUCCCAAUACCGAACACUUCCUCAAAGGCCUCAUGGAAAGGCAAGAGUACUCCUUCCGGGUUAGAGCCGUGAACAAGGCUGGGGAGAGCGAACCUAGUGAACCGAGUGAUCCAGUGCUUUGCAAAGAGAGACUGUUUCCGCCAUCACCCCCUCGCUGGCUUGAGGUCAUUAACAUCACUAAGAACACAGCGGACCUCAAAUGGACAGUCCCCGAGAAAGAUGGGGGCUCCCCUAUCACCAACUACAUUGUGGAGAAGAGAGAUGUGAGGCGCAAAGGCUGGCAAACGGUCGAUACAACCGUUAAAGAUACUAAAUGCACCGUGACCCCACUGACCGAGGGAGCGCUAUAUGUAUUCCGGGUGGCUGCCGAAAAUGCCAUUGGACAGAGUGAUUAUUGUGAAAUUGGUGACUCGGUCCUUGCUAAAGAUACCUUCACUACCCCUGGACCACCCUAUGCCCUGGCGGUGGUUGAUGUGACCAAAAGACAUGUUGACCUGAAGUGGGAGGCACCUAAAAACGACGGUGGAAGACCGAUUCAGAGAUACGUUAUUGAGAAGAAAGAAAAACUGGGUACCCGCUGGGUGAAAGCCGGAAAGACGUCGGGUCCUGACUGUCAUUUCAGAGUAACUGAUGUAAUUGAAGGAACAGAGGUCCAGUUCCAGGUGCGGGCAGAAAAUGAAGCUGGAGUUGGCCACCCCAGUGAACCCACCGAAAUCCUUGCAAUUGAAGAUCCAACCAGUCCUCCUUCACCACCUCUUGACUUACACGUGACGGAUGCGGGCCGGAAACACAUUGCCAUUGCUUGGAAACCACCAGAGAAAAAUGGUGGUAGCCCUAUCAUCGGGUACCAUAUUGAAAUGUGCCCAGCAGGCACUGAAAAGUGGAUGCGGGUAAAUUCUCGUCCAGUGAAAGAUUUGAAAUUCAAAAUCGAAGAAGGCAUCAUUCCUGACAAGGAGUAUGUCCUGAGAGUGAGAGCUGUCAAUGCUAUCGGAGCCAGUGAGCCGUCAGAAAUUUCUGAGAACGUUGUUGCCAAGGACCCAGACUGCAAUCCAACGAUUGAUCUGGAGACUCAUGAUAUCAUUGUAAUUGAAGGUGAAAAAUUAAAUAUCCCCGUUCCCUUCAGAGCUGUCCCAUCACCAACUGUUUCUUGGCAUAAAGAUGGAAAAGAACUUAAGGCAAAUGACAGAAUAACAAUGAAGAGCGAGUACACCUCUGCUCUCCUUGAAGUGGCCAAGAGCGUCCACGCCGAUGCUGGCGUUUACACCAUUACCCUGGAAAACAAGCUUGGCUCAGCAACAGGCUCAAUCAACGUCAAAGUCAUAGGUCUGCCUGGCCCGUGCAAAGAUAUUAAAGCAAGUGAUAUAACGAAAAGUUCAUGUAAGUUAACCUGGGAACCUCCAGAAUAUGACGGUGGCACACCAAUUCUUCAUUACGUUCUGGAGCGUAGAGAAGCUGGUAGGAGAACGUACAUUCCAGUGAUGUCUGGAGAGAAUAAGCUGUCGUGGAAUGUGAAGGAUCUUAUACCAAAUGGUGAAUACUUCUUCCGCGUUAAGGCCGUAAACAAAAUUGGCGGUGGCGAAUACAUUGAACUGAAAAAUCCAGUCAUUGCCCAGGAUCCUAAGCAGCCCCCAGAUCCACCUGUUGAUCUUGAGGUCCAUAAUCCGACGGCAAAAUCAAUGACACUUACAUGGAAACCACCUCUGUACGAUGGAGGAAGCAAGAUAAUGGGUUAUAUCAUAGAAAAGAUAGCUAAAGGCGAAGACAAAUGGAAGAGAUGCAAUGACUUUUUGGUCCCUAUUUUGACCUACACGGUAAAAGGGCUUGAAGAAGGAAAGGAGUAUCAGUUCCGGGCCCGGGCAGAAAAUGCCGCAGGUAUAAGCGAGCCUUCUCGGGUCACUCCUCUAACAAAAGCUGCGGAUCCUAUAGAUGCUCCAAAAGUCAUCAUGAGGACUAGCCUUGAGGUGAGGAGAGGUGACGAAAUCGUACUUGAAGCAACAGUUUCGGGGUCACCCUAUCCGACUAUUACCUGGAUAAAGGAUGAAAAUGUGAUCACGCCAGAGGAGAUAAAGAAGAGACCCCCAACAGUUGUCAGGAGGAAAAAGGGUGAAGUCCAAGAAGAAGAACCAUUCCACCUCUCUCUGCCAGAACGUUUGAGCAUUGAUAACAGUAAACAAGGAGAAUCCCAGCUACAUGUUCGAGACUCGAUCCGGCCCGAUCAUGGCAUGUUCAUGAUUAAAGUGGAAAAUGACCACGGUGUUGCCAAGGCUCCUUGCACAGUCAGUGUGUUAGAUACCCCUGGGCCUCCGAUCAACUUCGUAUUUGAAGAUGUGCGGAAGAAUUCUGUCACCUGUAAAUGGGAACCACCGCUAGAUGAUGGUGGCAGUGAAAUCAUCAACUAUACUUUGGAAAAGAAGGACAAAACCAAAUCAGACGCAGAUUGGAUUGUUGUCACAUCCACCCUUAGGCACUGCAAAUACUCUGUGCCGAAGCUGAUUGAGGGGAAGGAGUACCUGUUCCGUGUGAAAGCUGAAAACAAAUUUGGACCGGGGCCACCCUGUGUUUCCAAGCCGCUCUUAGCUAAAGAUCCAUUUGAACCACCCGAUGCCCCCGAUAAGCCCUUAGUGGAAGAUGUAACCAGCAACAGCAUGCUGGUUAAAUGGAAUGAACCUAAGGACAAUGGAAGCCCAAUAUUGGGCUACUGGCUUGAAAAGCGGGAGAUUAACAGCACCCAUUGGUCUCGAGUCAACAGAACCCUUGUGAAUGCUUUGAAAACCAAAGUGGACGGACUUUUGGAAGGACUCACCUACGUCUUCAGAGUGUGUGCUGAAAAUGCAGCUGGCCCUGGGAAGUUCAGCCCACCCUCCGAUCCCAAAACCGCACAGGAUCAGAUCUCUCCACCCGGGCCUCCGGUCCCAAGAGUGGCUGACACGAGCUCAACCACGAUUGAAUUGGAAUGGGAGCCCCCAGCUUACAAUGGCGGCGGGGAAAUCAUUGGCUAUUUCGUCGACAAACAGUUGGUUGGCACAAAUGAGUGGUCCCGCUGCACGGAGAAGAUGGUUAAACCUCGUCAGUAUACUGUCAAAGAAAUCCGAGAAGGGGCUGAUUACAAACUGCGUGUGAGCGCGGUCAAUGCAGCAGGAGAAGGGCCUCCCGGAGAAACAGAGCCCGUCACCGUGGCGGAACCUCAAGAGCCCCCAAUGGUCGAACUGGAUGCCUCCGUCAAGAGUGGAAUUCAGAUCAUGGCUGGGCAGACUCUGAAAAUUCCAGCAGUGGUCACCGGACGUCCCGUUCCCACAAGGGUGUGGACGGUGGAAGAAGGGGAGCUAGACAAGGAACGGGUUGCUAUAGAAAACGUGGGCACUAAAUCCGAGCUAGUCAUCAAGAAUGCCUUGAGAAAAGACCACGGCAGAUAUAUCAUCACUGCCACCAACAGCGGAGGUUCCAAAUUCGCUGCUUGCCGGGUAGAGGUUUUUGAUGUCCCGGGCCCAGUUCUUGACCUAAAACCUGUUGUGACAAACAGAAAGAUGUGUCUGCUUAACUGGUCCGAUCCAGCAGAUGAUGGAGGAAGUGAAAUCACAGGCUUCCUUAUAGAACGGAAAGAUGCUAAAAUGCACACAUGGAGGCAGCCAAUAGAUACCGAUAGGUCGAAAUGUGACAUCACGGGACUCCUGGAAGGCCAGGAAUAUAAGUUCCGGGUUUUUGCUAAGAACAAGUUUGGCUGCGGUCCACCUGUCGAAAUAGGACCGAUUCUUGCAGUUGAUCCACUAGGUCCUCCGACAUCCCCAGAGCGGCUCACGUACACAGAAAGGACAAAGUCGAGCAUCACUCUGGAUUGGAAAGCUCCUCGCAGCGAUGGAGGCAGCCCGAUUCAAGGAUAUAUCAUUGAAAAGAGACGACAUGACCAGCCCAAUUUUGAAAUAGUCAAUAAGAAACUGUGCCCAACUACAACGUUCCCGGUAGAAGGCCUGGACGAACACCAAAUGUAUGAAUUCCGGGUCAAGGCUGUGAACGGAAUUGGUGAAAGCGAACCAUCGCUGCCUCUCAACGUGGUUAUACAGGAUGACGAAGUUCCCCCAACUAUUAAAUUGCGGCUCACCGUGAGAGGAGAUACCAUCAAAGUGAAGGCAGGGGAGCCCGUUAACAUUCCAGCAGACGUGACUGGUCUUCCAAUGCCCAAGAUCGAGUGGUCCAAGGACGAUACUGUGAUUGAAAAACCAACCGAUGCCCUUAAGAUUUCCAAGGAGGAGUUAUCCAGAAGCGAAGCGAAAACCGAGCUGAGCAUCCCAAAAUCCGUCCGGCAAGACAAAGGCACUUAUACGGUUACUGCCUCCAAUCGUCUUGGCACUGUGUUUCGCAACGUUCACGUCGAGGUCUACGACCGUCCUUCCCCUCCAAGAAACCUUGCUGUUGUCGACAUUAAAGCUGAAUCUUGCUACCUGACCUGGGAUGCCCCUCUAGAUAACGGGGGCAGUGAAAUCACCCACUACGUCAUUGACAAACGGGAUGCAAGUAGAAAGAAAACUGAAUGGGAGGAGGUCACCAAUACUGCUGUGGAAAGGCGUUAUGGGAUUUGGAAACUUAUCCCAAAUGGCCAGUACGAGUUCAGAGUCAGAGCAGUGAACAAGUAUGGAACCAGCGAUGAAUGCAAAUCUGACAAAGUGGUGAUUCAGGAUCCGUAUCGCCCUCCCGGGCCUCCAGGAAAACCAAAGGUUCUAGACCGGACGAAAUCAUCGAUGCUGGUGACGUGGACUCCUCCUCUGGACAACGGCGGAUCUCCGAUCACGGGCUAUUGGCUGGAGAAGAGAGAGGUGGGAGGUCCCUACUGGUCUCGUGUUAGCCGAGCCCCAAUUACGAAAAUUGGAACCAAAGGCCUGGAGUUCAACGUUCCCCGGUUAAUUGAAGGGGUGCAAUACCAGUUCAGAGCCAUGGCCAUAAACGCAGCUGGAGUCGGCCCUCCUAGUGAACCAUCAGAUCCCGCUGAAGCAGCAGAUCCUAAAUUCCCACCUGGAGCCCCAUCAACCCCAGAAGUCAAAGACAGAACCAAGUCAUCGAUAACUCUAGCGUGGAAACCUCCCGCAAAGGAUGGUGGGAGCCCAAUCAAAGGGUAUAUCGUUGAAAUGCAAGAAGAAGGUACAUCUGACUGGAAGACAGUCAAUCCGGACAAACUCCUGCCUACCUGUGAAUGUGUGGUACCUAAUUUAAAAGAACUCCAAAAAUACAGAUUUCGCGUGAAAGCCGUGAAUGAUGCAGGGGAAUCUGAACCAAGUGGCACCACAGCAGAGAUACCUGCUACUGAUAUUCAAGAGGAACCAGAAGUUUUCAUCGACAUCGGUGCUCAGGAUAGCCUGGUAUGCCGUGCCGGUUCACAAAUUAGGAUUCCAGCUGUCAUCAAGGGACGCCCAACUCCAAAGACAUCUUGGGAAUUUGAUGGCAAAGCCAAGAAGGCAGUUAAGGAGGGAGUUCACGAUAUUCCUGAAGAUGCACAGUUGGAAACAGCUAAGGAAUCUUCAGUAAUCGUUAUUCCUGAGUGUAACCGAGGCCACACAGGAAGAUAUAGUAUUACAGCAAAGAACAAAGCAGGACAGAAAACCGCCCACUGUAGAGUUAAAGUCAUGGAUGUCCCAGGGCCCCCCAAAGAUCUGAAAGUCAGUGACAUUACAAGGGGCAGCUGCAAACUUUCCUGGAAGAUGCCCGAUGAUGACGGUGGAGACAGAAUCAAAGGCUACGUCAUAGAGAAAAAGACCAUCGAUGGCAAAGCAUGGACGAAAGUCAAUCCGAACUGUGGAAGCACCUCAUUUGUAGUCCCUGAUCUCAUUGCUGAGCAAGAGUAUUUCUUCCGAGUACGGGCAGAAAACCGUUUCGGUGUUGGUGCUCCGGCAGAAACAAUUCAGCGGACCACGGCGAGAGAUGCAAUAUUUCCUCCUGAUCCACCCAUUAAGCUCAAGAUUGGUCUUAUCACUAAGGACACCGUCAGUCUGACUUGGAAACCGCCAAAGAAUGAUGGCGGGUCCCCAGUUACACAUUACAUUGUUGAACGCCUAGCCUGGGAUCCUACUGGGAAAACAAAGGAGGCAUGGAAACAGUGCAAUAAGAGGGAUGUGGAAGAAACCAAGUUUACUGUGGAGGACCUUACAGAAGGCGGAGAAUAUGAAUUUAGAGUCAAGGCUGUCAAUGCAGCAGGCGUCAGCAAACCUUCAGCUCCUGUUGGCCCGGUCAUUGUAAAAGAUCAAACAUGUCCACCAUCCAUUGAUCUUAAAGAGUUUAUGGAGGUUGAACAAGGAACAGAUGUUAACAUUGUGGCCAAAGUUAAAGGGGUGCCUUUCCCUACGCUGACCUGGUUCAAAGCUCCACCAAAGAAGCCCGAUGACAAAACACCAGUUGUCUAUGACCAACACGUCAACAAAGUGGUGGUUGACGAUACUUGCACCUUAGUGAUACCACAGUCCCGGAGAAGUGACACUGGCUUGUACACCUUGUUGGCUGAAAACAACUUGGGAACUGCUUCCAAGGAGAUGAGACUGAAUGUUCUUGGCCGUCCAGGACCUCCAGUGGGACCCAUCAAAUUUGAAUCCGUUUCAGCCGAUCAAAUGACCUUAUCUUGGCUUCCUCCUAAAGAUGAUGGGGGAUCUAAGAUUACAAACUAUGUCAUUGAGAAACGAGAGGCCAACCGAAAAACGUGGGUGCGCGUCUCCAGUGAACCUAAAGAAUGCAUCUACACAGUACCCAAAUUGUUGGAAGGCCAUGAAUAUGUGUUCCGUAUCAUGGCACAAAAUAAAUAUGGCAUUGGGGAACCGCUUGACAGUGAACCCGAAACAGCCAGAAAUCUUUUCUCUGUUCCCGGGGCACCGGACAAACCAACGGUGAGCAGCGUGACCCGGGACUCCAUGACCGUCAACUGGGAAGAGCCAGAGUAUGAUGGCGGCUCCCCUGUGACGGGGUACUGGCUGGAGAUGAAGGACACCACCGGAAAGAGAUGGAAGAGAGUCAACCGGGACCCUAUCAAGGCUAUGACAUUGGGUGUCUCUUACAAAGUGACAGGCCUUAUCGAGGGUUACGACUAUCAGUUCCGCGUCUACGCCAUCAACGCAGCUGGGGUUGGCCCCGCCAGCCCUCCAUCUGACCCUGUGACGGCUAGAGAUCCAAUUGCCCCACCAGGUCCUCCCUUCCCCAAAGUUACCGACUGGACAAAAUCUACUGUGGAUCUGGAAUGGACUCCCCCUCUAAAGGACGGUGGGUCCAAAGUAACCGGGUACAUCGUCGAGUACAAAGAAGAAGGAAAGGAAGAAUGGGAAAAGGCAAAAGAUAAAGAAGUGAGAGGAACAAAACUUGUAAUACCAGAAUUAAAAGAAGGUGCAUUCUACAGAUUUAGAGUUAGAGCAAUUAACAUUGCUGGCAUUGGAGAACCUGGAGAAGCUACUGAAGUUAUUGAAAUGAAGGACAGAAUUGUUGCUCCUGACCUUCUUCUGGAUGCCAGCGUCAAGGACAGAAUUGUGGUCCAUGCUGGCGGAGUGAUCCGGAUCAUAGCUUAUGUUUCAGGAAAGCCAACUCCAACAGUCACUUGGAGCAUGAAUGAAAGAGCUCUACCAGAAGAAGCCAAAAUUGAAGAAACAGCGAUCAGUUCAUCUAUGGUCAUUAAGAACUGCAAGAGAAGUCAUCAAGGGGUCUAUUCUCUUGUUGCUAAAAAUGCAGCGGGAGAAAGGAAGAAGACAAUAAUUGUGGACGUAUUAGACGUACCUGGACCGGUUGGUAUUCCCUUCCUUUCGGAGAAUCUAACUAAUGAUUCCUGCAAGCUGACAUGGUUUUCUCCGGAAGAUGAUGGUGGAUCUCCGAUCACUAAUUAUGUCGUUGAAAAGCGCGAAGCUGACCGAAAGGCGUGGACACCAGUAUCGUACACGGUCACGAGACAGAACGCUACGGUCCAGGGUCUAAUACAAGGCAAAGCAUACUUUUUCCGCGUUGCAGCUGAAAACAGCAUUGGCAUGGGCCCGUUCGUCGAGACUCUGAAUGAGCUCGUCAUCAGAGAUCCAAUAACUGUUCCUGAGCGUCCAGAAGAUCUGGAAGUCAAAGAAGUUACCAAAAGCUCUGUUUCUUUGACCUGGAACCCGCCCAAAUAUGAUGGAGGAUCAGAAAUCAUUAACUAUGUACUAGAAAGCCGUCUCAUCGGAAGCGAUAAGUUCCACAAAGUUACAAAGGAUAACUUGCUUAGCAGAAAAUACACUGUGAAAGGCUUGAAAGAAGGAGACACUUAUGAGUUCCGUGUAAGCGCAGUCAAUAUCGUCGGGCAAGGCAAGCCCUCGUUUUGCACCAACCCAAUCACCUGCAAGGAUGAACUCGCUCCUCCAACGCUGGAACUGGACUUCAGGGAUAAGCUUAUAGUUCGAGUUGGUGAAGCUUUUGCCCUAACCGGCCGUUACUCAGGCAAACCCAAACCCAAGGUUACUUGGUCGAAAGAUGAGGCCGAUGUGUUGGAAGACGAACGGACAGAAAUUAAAACCACUCCAGCAACGCUGUCUCUUACCAAAGUCAAAGCCAAACGUGGAGACUCUGGCAAAUACUGUGUAGUGGUGGAAAAUAGUACAGGAUCUAGGAAAGGUGUCUGCCAAGUUACCGUUGUUGACCGUCCUGGACCUCCAGUUGGACCUGUUAUUUUUGAUGAAGUACACAAAGAUCACAUGAUUAUCUCCUGGAAACCUCCCCUGGAUGACGGAGGCAGCGAAAUUACCAAUUAUAUCAUUGAGAAGAAAGACAUGAGUAGAGACGUCUGGAUGCCGGUAUCAUCUGCCAGUGCCAAUACAACAUGCAAAGUGCCCAAACUGCUUGAAGGAAAGGACUACCUCAUUCGCAUCUAUGCUGAAAAUCUUUAUGGCAUAAGUGAUCCCCUCGUAUCUGAUGCGAUGAAAGCCAAGGAUCGCUUCAGUGUUCCCGCUGCACCUGAUCAACCUAUUAUCACAGAAGUUACCAAAGACUCUGCCUUGGUGAACUGGAACAAACCGUAUGACGGGGGCAAGCCUAUCACCACUUACAUUGUAGAAAAGAAGGAGACUAAAUCUAAGCAAUGGGUUAGAGUCUCCAGGGAGCCUAUUCAUCCAAACACCAAAUUCAGGGUACCAGAUCUCCUGGAAGGAUGUCAAUAUGAAUUCCGAGUCUCGGCCGAAAAUGAAAUUGGGGUCGGUGACCCAAGUCCACCAUCCAAGCCAGUGUUCGCCAGAGAUCCGAUCAGUAAACCCAGCCCUCCUAUCAAUCCUGAAGCCAUCGAUACAACUAAAAAUUCGGUUGAUUUAACUUGGCAACCACCACGUCACGAUGGCAAGAGCAAGAUUCUGGGGUACAUUGUGGAGUACCAGAAAGUUGGAGAUGAAGGGUGGAAAAGGGCCAACCACACUCCUGAAUCGUGCCCUGAUACUAAAUACAAAGUCACUGGCCUUAGGGAUGGACAGUCCUAUAAAUUCCGAGUGAUGGCGGUCAACGCAGCAGGGGAAUCAGACCCGGCUAAUGUGCCUGAACCAGUUCUCGUAAGGGACAGACUUGAACCUCCUGAGUUAAUACUUGAUGCUAAUAUGGCAAGAGAACAACACAUAAAGGUCGGCGAUACCUUAAGGCUUAGUGCCAUCAUCAAAGGCGUUCCAUUCCCAAAAGUAACUUGGAAAAAAGAGGAAAGAGAAGUCCCAACUCGAGCAGACAUUGAGGUCACCCCUGUUGGUAGUAAACUCGAGAUUCGUAAUUCCGUCCACGAGGAUGGUGGGAUUUAUUCAUUGACGGUUGAGAACCCAGCCGGCUCAAAGACUGUUUCAGUAAAAGUUGUCGUAUUAGAUAAACCUGGGCCACCUAGAGACCUGGAAGUCAGUGAGAUCCGAAAAGAUUCUUGCUACCUCACUUGGAAAGAGCCACUGGAUGAUGGUGGGUCAGUUAUUACAAACUAUGUGGUAGAAAGAAGAGAUGUUGCAAGUGCCCAGUGGUUACCUCUUUCAACUACAUCCAAGAAAAAGAGCCACAUGGCUAAACAUCUCACAGAAGGCAAUCAGUAUCUCUUCCGUGUGGCUGCAGAGAACCAGUAUGGUCGUGGUCCAUUUGUUGAAACACCUAAACCCAUCAAGGCUAUAGAUCCUCUCCAUCCCCCAGGACCGCCUAAGGAUUUGCAUCAUGUGGAUGUUGACAAGACAGAAGUUUCCCUGGUUUGGAAUAAGCCGGAUCGUGAUGGUGGGUCUCCAAUCACAGGCUACCUGGUGGAAUAUCAAGAAGACGGCACCCAGGAUUGGAUUAAGUUCAAGACAGUCACUGACUUAAACUGUGUGGUGACUGGUCUCACACAGGGAAAGGUUUACAGAUUCCGAGUAAAAGCUCAGAACAUUGUGGGGCUUGGGCUCCCGGACACAACUAUUCCAAUAGAGUGUCAAGAAAAACUAGUACCUCCUUUUGUAGAAAUAGACGUGAAAUUAAUCGAAGGCCUGGUGGUGAAAGCUGGUAGCACCGUAAGAUUCCCUGCCAUCAUAAGAGGCGUGCCUGUUCCCACUGCGAAAUGGACAACCGACGGGAGUGAAAUUACAACCGAAGGAAACUACACCGUGGAAACUGACAGCUACUCAUCAGUACUCACUAUUAAAAACUGUGUCAGGAGAGACACAGGGGAAUAUCAAAUUACCGCCUCCAACGCAGCCGGCAGCAAAACCGUGGCCGCCCAUCUUACAGUCUUGGAUGUGCCUGGUCCCCCAACUGGUCCCAUUAACAUACUUGACAUAACCCCUGAUUACAUGGUUAUCUCCUGGCUACCACCCAAGGAUGAUGGUGGAUCACCCGUGAUCAACUACAUUGUUGAGAAAAAGGAAUCCAAGAAAGACACUUGGGGCGUCGUCUCUACAGGAAGCAGUAAGACGAAGCUUAAGAUCCCCCAUCUACAAAAAGGCUGCGAAUACAUCUUCCGAGUUCGAGCAGAAAAUAAGAUGGGCAUCGGUGCGCCCCUCGACUCUACGCCUACUGUUGCUAAACAUAAGUUCAACCCCCCAUCUCCACCUGGCAAACCAGUGGUGACGGACAUCACCGAAAGUGCUGCAACGGUGUCUUGGACCCUGCCAAAAUCUGACGGUGGCAGCCCGAUAACCGGCUACUACAUCGAGCGUCGAGAACUGACCGGGAAAUGGGUGCGCGUCAACAAGACACCGGUGGCUGACCUGAAAUUCAGAGUAACCGGACUCUACGAGGGAAAUACGUAUGAAUUCCGGGUAUUUGCCGAAAACCUCGCCGGCCUAAGCAAUCCGUCGCCAAGUUCUGACCCGAUAAAAGCCUGCCGGCCCUUAAAACCACCUGGUCCGCCCAUCAAUCCCAAACUGAAAGACAAGACCAAAGAGACAGCCGAUCUAGUGUGGACAAAGCCACUCAGUGAUGGCGGCAGCCCUAUCCUGGGCUAUAUUGUGGAAUGCCAGAAACCUGGAAAGGCACAGUGGGAGAGAAUUAAUAAAGAUGAGCUCAUCAGGCAGUGCGCUUACAGGGUACCGGGCCUUAUUGAAGGCAAUGAGUAUCGAUUCCGCAUCAAAGCGGCGAACAUCGUCGGGGAGGGAGAGCCCAGAGAGCUCCCAGAAUCUGUGCUCGCCAAAGACAUUCUCCAUCCCCCGGAAGUCGAACUCGACGUGACCUGCCGGGACGUGAUCACGGUCCGCGUAGGCCAGAACAUCCGCAUCACCGCUCGAGUGAAAGGCAGGCCGGAACCAGACAUCACGUGGACCAAGGAAGGCAAAGUACUGGUCAAAGAAAAACGUGUUGACCUGAUUAAGGAAUUACCGCUCACCGAGUUGCUCAUUAAAGAAGCCGUGAGGACCGAUCACGGCAAAUACAUCAUUUCGGCAAAGAACAGCAGUGGACAUGCACAGGGCACGGCCGUCGUUAAUGUCCUCGACAGACCAGGGCCCUGCCAGAAUUUGAAGGUUACCAAUGUGACCAAGGAGAAUUGUACAGUUUCCUGGGAAAACCCACUAGAUAAUGGUGGUUCUGAAAUCACCAAUUUUAUAGUAGAAUAUCGUAAACCGAACCAAAGAGGGUGGUCCAUUGUCUCCUCGGAUGUCACUAAACGAUUAAUCAAAGCCAACCUCUUAGCCAACAAUGAAUACUUCUUCCGCGUUUGCGCAGAGAACAAAGUUGGAGUAGGGCCGACGGUUGAAACAAAAACACCAGUUCUGGCUAUUAACCCGAUCGACAGGCCCGGGGAGCCUGAAAACCUGCAUAUUGCUGAAAAAGGCAAAACAUUCGUCCACCUGAAGUGGAGGAGACCAGAUUAUGAUGGUGGCAGCCCCAAUUUAUCUUACCACGUCGAGAGGCGACUGAAAGGCUCAGAUGAGUGGGAGAGAGUCCACAAGGGCAGUAUUAAAGAAACCCACUACAUGGUUGACAAGUGUAUGGAAAACCAGAUUUACCAGUUCAGAGUUCAGACAAAGAAUGAAGGAGGGGAAAGUGAUUGGGUAACAACAGAGGAAGUUGUUGUGAAGGAAGACUUACAGAAACCAGUGCUUGAGCUGAAACUAGCCGGAGUAUUGACCGUGAAGGCCGGAGAAACGAUUAGGCUGGAAGCCGGAGUUAGAGGAAAACCGUUUCCAGAAGUCUCAUGGACCAAGGACAAAGAUGCGACAGAUAUAACCCGAUCUCCCAGGGCCCAAAUCGACACAAGUUCUGAGUCAUCUAAGUUUAGCCUCACCAAAGCAAAGCGAAGUGACGGCGGCAAAUAUGUGGUUACGGCAACUAACACGGCUGGCAGUUUCACCGCCUAUGCUACCGUGAAUGUUUUGGACAAACCCGGGCCCGUAAGGAAUCUGAAGAUCUCGGACAUCUCGAGCGACAGGUGUAAAAUCCACUGGGACCCUCCUGAAGACGAUGGCGGCUGUGAGAUUCAAAAUUACAUUUUAGAAAAGUGUGAGAGCAAACGCAUGGUUUGGUCAACCUACUCCGCUGCCGUUCUAACACCCAGUGCAACUGUCACCCACCUCAUAGAAGGAAAUGAAUAUAUUUUCAGAGUCCGGGCAGAGAACAAGAUAGGGACUGGCCCUCCCACAGAGAGCAAGCCGAUGGUUGCUAAAACCAAGUUCAGUUGUCCGGGCCGUCCAGAUCCACCUGAAGUAACGAAGGUGGGCAAAGAGGAGAUGACUGUGGUGUGGAACCCGCCGGAAUAUGAUGGUGGCAAGUCUAUCACGGGUUACAUUCUGGAGAAAAAGGAAAAACACGCGAUACGAUGGGUUCCUGUCACAAAAACCGCAAUUCCAGAAAGACGUAUGAAAGUUCAAAAUCUCAUCCCGGGGCAUGAAUACCAGUUCCGGGUCAAGGCCGAAAAUGAAAUCGGAGUAGGAGAACCCAGUUUUCCAUCCAGACCGGUAGUGGCGAAAGACCCAAUAGAACCCCCUGGUCCUCCAACCAACCUGAGGGUCGUUGAUACCACCAAGAGUUCCAUUACUCUCAAAUGGGGGAAACCAGUCUAUGAUGGUGGGGCUCCAAUAAUUGGGUACGUUGUGGAAAUGCGGCCCAAAAGGGAAGAUGCAUCUCCUGAUGAAGGCUGGAAGAGGUGCAGUGCUGCGGCACAACUUAUUCAUCCGGAAUUUACGGCCACCAGCUUGGAGGAAAAACAAGAAUAUGAGUUCAGAGUUUGCGCCCAAAACCAAGUGGGCAUUGGACGCCCUGCGGAACUGAAGGAUGCCAUUUCUCCCAAAGAAAUACUUGAACCCCCAGAGAUCGACUUGGAUGCCAGUAUGAGAAAGCUGGUCACCGUCAGAGCAGGGUGCCCCAUUAGACUUUUUGCUAUUGUGAGAGGGCGGCCAGCACCCAAAGUUACUUGGCGGAGAGUGGGGGUGGAUAACGUGAUCAGGAAGGGACAAGUCGAUUUGGUCGACACCAUGGCCUUCCUCGUCAUCCCGAAUUCUACCAGAGACGACUCGGGCAAAUAUUCCUUGACACUGGUGAACCCGGCUGGAGAAAAGGCUGUCUUUGUGAAUGUCAGAGUCCUUGACACUCCUGGACCUGUAGCUGAUUUAAAAGUUUCAGAUGUCACCAAAACUUCAUGCCACGUUUCUUGGGCACCUCCUGAAAAUGACGGUGGAAGCCAAGUAACUCAUUAUAUUGUGGAGAAACGUGAAGCUGACAGAAAAACGUGGUCAACAGUUGCUUCAGAAGUCAAGAAAACCAGUUUCCAAGUAACCAAUCUUGUCCCCGGAAACGAAUAUUUCUUCAGAGUAACUGCAGUCAAUGAAUACGGUCCUGGUGUUCCCACUGACAUUCAGAAACCAAUCCUGGCUUCAGAUCCAUUAAGUGAGCCUGAUCCACCAAGGAAACUGGAAGUAACUGAAAUGACGAAAAACAGCGCCGCACUAGCUUGGCUGCCUCCGCUGAGGGAUGGAGGUUCCAAAAUUGAUGGCUAUAUCAUUAGCUAUAGAGAAGAGGAACAGCCCGCAGAUCGCUGGACGGAAUACUCCGUUGUGAAAGACCUCACCCUUCUUGUCGCCGGCCUGAAGGAAGGGAAGAAAUAUAAAUUUAGAGUGGUGGCCAGAAAUGCCGUUGGAGUGAGUCUGCCAAGAGAAACUGAAGGAGUGUAUGAAGCAAAAGAACAGUUGUUGCCACCCAAGAUCCUCAUGCCAGAGCAAGUUACCAUCAAAGCUGGGAAGAAACUGAGAAUCGAAGCCUACGUAUAUGGAAAGCCCAAUCCCAUCUGCAAGUGGAAGAAAGGAGAUGAAGAUGUGGUUACAUCCAGCCACCUGGCAGUGCACAAGACAGAUAACUCUGCAGUCCUCAUCCUGAAAGAUGUUAGCAGGAAAGACAGCGGUUACUACAGCCUCACUGCGGAAAACAGUUCUGGUGUAGAUACUCAGAAAACUAAAGUGAUAGUCAUGGAUGCCCCAGGCCCACCGCAGCCGCCCUUUGCAAUCACGGACAUUGAUGCUGAUGCCUGCUCACUCUCCUGGCACAUACCCCUCGAGGACGGGGGCAGCAGCAUUACCAAUUACGUGGUGGAGAAGUGCGAUGUCAGCCGAGGAGACUGGGUGACAGCCCUCGCUUCAGUCACAAAAACAUCCUGCCGGGUUGGAAAACUCAUCCCGGGACAAGAGUACAUAUUCCGGGUCCGGGCGGAAAACCGUUUUGGCAUUUCGGAGCCUCUGAACUCUGAUAAAAUGCUGGCCAAGUUCCCAUUCGAUGUUCCCAGUGAACCCAAAAAUGCCAGGGUCACCAAAGUCAACAAAGACUGCAUUUUUGUGGCCUGGGACAAGCCAGAUAGUGACGGCGGUAGCCCCAUUACCGGUUAUCUCAUUGAACGCAAGGAAAGGAACAGUCUGCUGUGGGUGAAGGCUAACGACACUCUUGUCCGUUCCAUGGAAUAUCCUUGUGCUGGCCUCAUAGAAGGCCUAGAUUACACCUUCAGAAUCUAUGCCCUGAACCGAGCCGGAGCCAGCUUGCCCAGCAAGCCGACGGAAUACGUGACGGCGAGAAUGCCGAUCGAUCCUCCUGGAAAGCCGGAAGUUAUCGACGUUACCAAGAAUUCAGUAUCGCUCGUCUGGGCCCGACCAAAGCACGAUGGUGGCAGCAAAAUUAUCGGCUAUUACGUCGAAGCCUGCAAGCUCCCUGGUGACAAGUGGGUACGCUGCAACUCCAUACCUCAUCAGAUCCCACAGGAGGAGUAUACGGCCACUGGUUUGGAAGAGAAUGCCCAGUAUCAAUUUAGAGCAAUUGCCAAGACCGCAGUAAACAUCAGCAUGCCUUCCGAACCCUCCGACCCAGUGACCGUUAUUGCCGAAAAUGUUCCUCCCCGGAUAGAACUGAGCGUGGCCAUGAAGUCAUUACUUACUGUAAAAGCUGGAAGCAAUGUUUGCCUGGAUGCUACCGUGUUUGGUAAACCUGUGCCGACCACUUCUUGGAAGAAGGAAGAAACAGUCCUAACGCCAGCUGAAGGCAUAAAGAUGACCACGAAGCGGAACCUGUGCACUUUGGAGCUGUUCAGCGUGAACAGAAAAGAGACGGGAGAUUACACAAUUACUGCUGAAAAUGCAAGCGGUUCCAAGUCAGCUACCAUUAAGCUUAAAGUAUUGGACAAACCCGGUCCUCCAGCUUCUGUAAAAAUCAACCGCAUGUACUCCGAUCGGGCCAUGCUUUCCUGGGAGCCACCUCUUGAAGACGGCGGCUCGGAAAUUACCAACUACAUUGUAGACAAGCGGGAAACGAGCAGGCCCAACUGGGCCCAGGUCUCUGCAACUGUGCCAAUCACAAGCUGCACGGUGGAGAAACUGAUAGAAGGCCAUGAAUACCAGUUCCGGAUCUGUGCUGAAAAUAAGUACGGCAUCGGCGACCCCAUCUUGACUGAACCGGUCGUCGCUAAAAACCCCUUUGAUGUGCCCGGGCGCUGCGAUCCUCCAGUCAUUAGCAACAUUACCAAAGAUCACAUGACAGUGAGCUGGAAACCACCGGCCGACGACGGCGGCUCGCCCAUCACCGGCUAUUUGCUUGAGAAGCGGGAAACCCAAGCUGUCAACUGGACCAAGGUCAACCGGAAGCCUGUCAUCGAGAGAACGGUGAAGGCCACUGGACUCCAGGAAGGCACCGAGUACGAGUUUCGAGUUACAGCCCUGAAUAAGGCUGGACCUGGCAAACCUAGCGACGCAUCCAAGGCAGUGUAUGCCCGUGACCCUCAGUAUCCUCCGGGUCCACCUGCUUUCCCCAAGGUGGUGGACACAACCCGCAGCUCUGUAAGUCUGUCUUGGGGUAAACCAGCAUAUGACGGUGGCAGCCCCAUCAUUGGCUAUCUGGUGGAAGCCAAGAGAACUGACUCCGAUAACUGGGUGAGGUGCAACUUGCCAAAGAACCUGCAGAAAACUCGCUUCGAUGUGACUGGGCUGAUGGAGAACACAGAAUAUCAGUUCCGGGUCUAUGCUGUCAAUAAGAUUGGUUACAGUGACCCCAGUGAUGUGCCUGACAAACAUUUUGCCAAGGACAUUCUGAUUCCACCCGAGGGAGAUCUGGAUGCCGAUCUGAGAAAGACCCUCAUUCUCCGAGCGGGAGUGACCAUGAGACUUUACGUACCCGUGCGAGGACGCCCUCCCCCCAGGAUUACCUGGUCCAAGCAGAACGCCAACCUGAGAGAAAGGAUCGGUCUUGACAUCAAGUCAACAGAUUUUGAUACUUUCCUACGCUGUGAAAAUGUCAACAAAUACGAUGCUGGAAAAUAUGUCUUGAAACUAGAGAACAGCUGUGGUAAAAAGGAAUAUACCAUUGUUGUUAAAGUACUUGACACGCCAGGGCCACCAGUCAACGUGACCGUUAAGGAAGUAUGCAAAGAUUCAGCUCAUGUUACAUGGGACCCUCCCAUCAUUGAUGGUGGCAGCCCUAUCAUCAAUUACAUUGUCGAAAAGCGGGAUGCAGAGAGAAAGUCAUGGUCCACGGUGACAACUGAGUGUCCCAAAACAAGUUUCAGAGUCCCUAAUCUAGAGGAAGGAAAAUCCUAUUUCUUCCGAAUUUUUGCUGAAAACGAGUAUGGCAUUGGAGACCCCGGAGAGACACGUGAUGCGGUGAAAGCCUCUGAAACCCCUGGUCCAGUGGUGGACCUGAAGAUUUUGUCCGUAACGAAAUCAUCGUGUAACCUUGGAUGGAAGAAGCCUCGUAGUGAUGGGGGAAGUCGAAUUACUGGUUACGUAGUGGACUUCCUGACAGAAGAAAAUAAAUGGCAACAGGUCAUGCGAUCACCGAACCUCCAGUUCUCUAUGAAAGAUCUGAAAGAAGACAAGGAGUACACUUUCAGAGUGAGAGCCGAGAAUGAGAACGGAGAGGGAACCCCAAGCGAAAUCAUCGUUGUAGCAAAGGAUGAUGUCGUGGCUCCUGACCUUGAUUUAAGAGACCUACCUGAUUUGUGCUACUUGGCUAAAGAAAACAGUAACUUCCGUCUCAAGAUUCCAAUAAAAGGCAAGCCAACACCUGCAGUAACUUGGAAAAAAGGAGAAGACCCGCUGCUAGCUGACAAGAGAAUCGGUGUUGAGUCUACGGCCGUUAACACUACUCUCGUGGUGCAUGACUGCCAAAAAUCUGAUGCCGGCAAGUACACAAUCUCGUUGAAAAACGUUGCUGGCAGUAAGGAAGGAACCCUAACCAUAAAAGUGGUUGGGAAGCCAGGCAUACCUACUGGGCCAAUCAAAUUUGACGACGUCACAGCAGAAGCCAUGACCUUAAAAUGGGGCCCUCCAAAGGACGACGGAGGCUCUGAAAUCACCAACUACAUCCUAGAGAAGAGAGACAACGUCAACAACAAGUGGGUGACAUGUGCCUCAGCUGUCCAGAAAACAACCUUCCGGGUUACGAGACUGCAUGAGGGGCUGGAGUACACCUUCCGAGUCAGUGCUGAAAACAGAUACGGAGUAGGCGAGGGCCUUAAAUCCGAGCCUAUGGUCGCCAAGCAUCCAUUUGAUGUACCAGAUGCCCCUCCGCCCCCGAAUAUCGUUGGUGUCAGUAAGGAUGCUGUGUCUCUAACUUGGACUGACCCGAAAAAAACAGGAGGCUCACCUAUCACAGGAUAUCAUAUUGAAUUCAAGGAGAGAAACAGUCUCAUGUGGAAGAGAGCUAACAAGACUCCUAUUAGGAUGAAAGACUUCAGGGUGACAGGAUUAACUGAAGGUCUUGAAUAUGAAUUCAGAGUCAUGGCCAUCAAUUUGGCAGGAGUAGGCAAACCGAGUCUGCCAUCUGAGCCGGUUGUGGCCCUCGAUCCAAUCGACCCUCCUGGCAAGCCUGAGGUUAUUAAUGUAACGAGAAAUUCCGUGACUCUCAUCUGGACUGAACCAAAAUACGACGGAGGCCAUAAGCUGACCGGAUACAUAGUGGAAAAGCGUGACCUGCCCUCUAAGUCUUGGAUGAAGGCUAACCACGUUAACGUCCCAGACUGUGCCUUUACCGUAACUGACCUGGUUGAGGGUGGAAAAUACGAAUUCAGAAUUAGAGCCAAGAAUACCGCUGGGGCUAUCAGUCCUCCCUCAGAAAGCACAGACACCAUCACCUGCCAAGAUGAAUACGAGGCACCUUCCAUUGUCCUGGAUCCAACUCUAAAGGACGGCCUAACAGUCAAAGCAGGGGAUACUAUUGUCUUGAAUGCCAUCAGCAUCUUGGGGAAACCCCUUCCCAAAUCAGGCUGGUCACGAGCAGGAAAGGAUUUUAGACCAUCAGACAUCGUUCAGAUCAGUUCUACUCCAACCUCCUCUAGACUUAGUGUCAAAUACGCCUCCAGAAAAGAUGCAGGAGAAUACACGAUUACCGCAAGCAAUCCCUUUGGGACUAAAGAGGAGCACGUUCGGGUGACAGUAUUAGAUGUUCCUGGACCCCCUGGGCCUAUUGAAGUCAGCAACGUCUCAGCCGAGAAAGCUACGCUCGCAUGGACGCCUCCUCUGGAAGAUGGAGGCUCACCGAUUAAGUCUUACGUCCUGGAAAAGAGAGAAACCAGCCGUCUUUUGUGGACCGUAGUUGCUGAAGAUAUUGUGCCCUGCAGGCAUGUGGUUACCAAGCUGAUCCAAGGAAACGAAUACCUCUUCCGGGUCUCAGCUGUGAACCAAUAUGGCAAGGGUGAACCCGUGCAAUCAGAACCGGUCAAAAUGGUGGACCGAUUUGGUCCCCCUGGCCCUCCUGGAAAACCCGAGGUAUCAAAUAUAACUAAAAGCACGGCAACCGUGUGCUGGAAGAGGCCGAUCGAUGAUGGCGGCAGUGAGAUCACUGGAUACCACGUGGAGAGGAGGGAAAAGAAAGGCUUGCGAUGGGUGCGAGCAACCAAGACCCCCAUUUCAGAUCUCCGAUGCAAAGUGAGCGGACUCCAAGAAGGAAACACCUAUGAAUUCCGUGUCAGUGCAGAAAACAAGGCAGGCAUUGGCCCUCCAAGUGAUGCUUCCACUCCAGUUCUGAUCAAGGAUACAGCAUAUCCACCUGGGCCACCUUCGAAUGCUCAUGUGACCGACACUACCAAGAAAUCAGCUUCUUUGGCGUGGGGUAAACCUCAUUACGACGGAGGACUGGAAAUCAUCGGCUAUAUUGUGGAGCAUCAGAAGGAAGGUGACGAGGCCUGGGUGAAAGACACGACAGGGACUGCCCUCAGGAUCACUCAGUUCGUGGUUCCCGACCUUCAGACCAAAGAAAAAUACAACUUCAGAAUCAGCGCCGUCAAUGACGCGGGUGUUGGGGAACCAGCGGUUAUUCCAAAUGUUGAAAUCGUAGAACGCGAACUGGCUCCUGAUUUCGAAUUAGAUGCCGAACUAAGGAGGACACUUGUUGUUCGGGCGGGGCUGAGCAUUAGAAUAUUUGUGCCUAUCAAAGGUCGUCCGGCACCCGAAGUCACGUGGACGAAAGACGGCAUCAACCUCAAGACACGGGCCAAUAUCGACAACACAGAAUCCUUCACGCUCUUGAUUAUCCCAGAAUGCAAUAGAUAUGACACUGGAAAGUUUGUCAUGACCAUCGAAAACGCUGCCGGCAAGAAGAGUGGCUUCGUCAACGUGAGAGUUCUGGAUACCCCAGGACCGGUACUUAAUCUGAGACCCACCGACAUCACCAAGGACAGUGUCACCCUCCACUGGGACCUACCUCUAAUAGACGGGGGAUCACGCAUUACCAACUACAUCGUGGAAAAACGGGAAGCUACGCGGAAAUCUUACUCCACAGCCACGACCAAGUGUCACAAGUGCACUUUCAAGGUUACCGGGCUGAUGGAAGGAUGUGAAUACUUCUUCAGAGUGAUGGCAGAAAAUGAAUACGGAGUAGGGGAACCAGCGGAAACCACCGAGCCAGUCAGGGCCUCCGAGGCGCCGCUACCACCCGAAAGCCUCAACAUUAUGGACGUAACCAAGAGCACGGUCAGCCUGGCUUGGCCAAAGCCCAAGCACGAUGGAGGUAGCAAGAUAACGGGUUACGUGAUUGAAGCCCAGAGAAAAGGCUCUGACCAGUGGACCCACAUCACGACAGUGAAAGGACUCGAGUGCGUGGUGAGGAAUCUGACCGAAGGGGAGGAAUACACCUUCCAAGUCAUGGCAGUGAACAGCGCUGGCCGGAGCGCCCCCCGAGAAAGCCGGCCCGUGACCGUCAAAGAGCAGACGAUGCUUCCAGAACUGGACCUGCGGGGUAUUUACCAAAAAUUGGUCAUCGCCAGAGCUGGCGACAACAUCAAAGUGGAGAUCCCCGUGCUGGGCCGACCUAAACCCACCGUCACUUGGAAGAAGGGGGAUCAACUCCUGAAACAAACGCAGAGGGUCAAUUUUGAAAACACUGCCACUUCGACCAUCCUGAACAUUGGUGAAUGCACGAGGAGCGACAGUGGCCCGUACCCGCUGACGGCCAGAAACAUCGUCGGGGAGGUUGGCGACGUCAUCAUGGUUGAGGUCCACGAUAUCCCAGGACCUCCGGGACCUAUCAGGUUUGACGAGGUUUCGUCUGACUUUGUCACCUUCUCUUGGGAAGUGCCAGAGAAUGAUGGAGGAGUACCCAUAAGCAACUACGUGGUAGAAAUGCGCCAAACUGACAGUACCACUUGGGUUGAGCUAGCCAGCACUGUUAUACGCACCACCUACAAAGCAACUCACCUCACCACUGGAAUGGAAUACCAGUUCCGGGUCAAGGCGCAAAACCGAUAUGGAGUGGGACCCGGAGUCAUUUCGGCAUCAGUGGUGGCCAACUAUCCAUUUAAGGUGCCAAGCCCUCCUGGCACACCGCAAGUAACCACCGUCACCAAAGAGUCCAUGACCAUCAGCUGGCACGAGCCCCUCUCUGAUGGUGGCAGUCCAAUUUUGGGGUACCACGUCCAAAGGAAAGAACGAAAUAGCAUUAUCUGGCAGACUGUGAGUAAGGCCCUGGUGCCAGGCAAUAUUUUCAAGUCAAGUGGCCUUACAGAUGGCAUUGCCUAUGAGUUCCGGGUGAUUGCAGAAAAUCUGGCCGGCAAGAGUAAACCGAGCAAACCAUCUGAGCCCAUGUUUGCCUUGGACCCCAUCGAUCCACCCGGGAAGCCAAUAGCUCUCAACAUUACUAGGCAUACAGUAUCACUUAAAUGGGCGAAGCCGGAGUAUACUGGAGGCUUUAAGAUAACCAGUUACAUAGUUGAAAAGCGAGACCUUCCCAACGGCCGUUGGCUGAAGGCCAAUUUCAGCAACAUCCUGGAGAACGAAUUUACCGUAAGUGGUUUAACAGAAGACGCCAGGUAUGAGUUCCGCGUGAUUGCCAAAAAUGCCGCCGGCGCGAUCAGUCCUCCAUCUGAGCCAUCAGACGCCAUAACUUGCAGAGACGACAUCGAAGCGCCGAGGAUCAUGGUGGAUGUCAAGUUCAAAGACACCAUCACCUUAAAAGCGGGUGAAGUGUUCAAGCUUGAGGCUGAUGUUUCCGGCCGCCCACCACCGACCAUGGAGUGGACCAAAGACGAGAAGGUAGUCGAAGGCUCGGGAAAACUAGAAAUCAAAAUAGCAGAUUUCUCCACCGUUCUGGUCAACAAAGAUUCUUCCAGAAGAGAUGGAGGAGCGUAUACACUUACUGCUUCUAAUCCCGGUGGCUUCGCCAAACACAUUUUCCACGUCAAAGUUCUUGAUAGACCAGGUCCCCCAGAGGGACCUUUAGCUGUGUCUGAGGUGACUUCAGAAAAGUGCGUUCUGUCAUGGCUGCCUCCGCUGGACGACGGGGGUGCCAAGAUUGACCACUACGUGGUCCAGAAACGUGAAACCAGCCGACUGGCGUGGACAAACGUAGCCUCAGAAGUUCAGCUGACAAAACUGAAGGUCCAUAAACUACUGAAGGGAAACGAAUACGUGUUCCGGGUCAUGGCCGUUAAUAAAUAUGGGGUUGGAGAGCCUCUGGAAUCUGAGCCUGUGCUUGCAGUGGACCCGUACGGACCCCCAGAUCCCCCCAAAACUCCCGAAGUGACAGCCAUCACGAAAGAUUCCAUGAUAGUGUGCUGGGGACAUCCUGAUUCUGAUGGCGGAAGCGAAAUAACCAAUUAUAUUGUAGAACGGAGGGAUAGAGCUGGAAAUCGCUGGGUGAAAUGCAACAAGAAAGCCACCACUGAUCUGCGGUUCAAAGUGUCAGGGCUAACCGAAGGCCACGAGUAUGAGUAUCGCAUUAUGGCCGAAAACGCUGCUGGAAUUAGCGCACCCAGCCCCACUAGUCCGUUUUACAAAGCUUGUGACACCGUGUUUAAACCUGGCCCACCGGGGAACCCCCGUGUCCUCGAUACCAGCCGAUCAUCGAUUUCCAUUGCUUGGAACAAGCCCAUCUACGACGGCGGCUCGGAAAUCACGGGCUACCUGGUGGAAAUCGCCCUCCCCGAUGAAGACGAGUGGAAGAUCGUCACUCCUCCGGCAGGACUCAAAGCUACUUCUUUUACCAUCACCAACCUCAAGGAGAAUCAGGAAUAUAAAAUCCGAAUCUACGCCAUGAAUUCGGAAGGGAUCGGAGAACCCGCCCUUGUUCCUGGGACGCCAAAGGCUGAAGAGAGACUGCUGCCUCCCGAGAUCGAACUGGAUGCCGAUCUCCGGAAAGUUGUCACCAUCAGAGCCUGCUGCACCCUGAGGCUGUUCGUUCCAAUCAAAGGAAGACCAGCGCCUGAAGUGAAAUGGACAAGAGAACACGGCGAAUCCUUGGAUAAAGCCAGCAUUGAAUCGACCAGCUCUUACACGCUGCUCAUCGUCGGAAACGUAAACAGAUUUGACAGUGGCAAAUACAUGCUGACCAUAGAAAACAGCUCCGGCAGCAAGUCGGCUUUCGUCAACGUCAGAGUGCUCGACACGCCGGGACCGCCACAGAAUUUGAAAAUCAAGGAAGUCACCAAAUCGUCCGUCACCCUGACUUGGGAGCCCCCUCUCAUAGACGGUGGUUCCAAAAUAAAGAACUACAUCAUUGAGAAGCGGGAAUCAACAAGAAAAGCCUAUUCCACAGUCGCCACCAAUUGCCACAAGACCUCCUGGAAAGUCGACCAGCUUCAAGAAGGCUGCAACUACUAUUUCAGAGUCUUAGCCGAGAACGAGUACGGAAUCGGCCUGCCCGCCGAAACCACGGAGUCGGUCAAAGUGUCCGAGAGGCCUCUCCCUCCGGGGAAGAUAACUUUGGUGGACGUGACGAGAAAUAGUGUGACCCUCUCUUGGGAGAAGCCAGAACACGAUGGAGGCAGCAGGAUUCUGGGCUACAUCGUGGAGAUGCAGAGCAAAGGCAGCGACAAAUGGGCUACCUGUGCGACCGUAAAAGUGACUGAGGCCACCAUUACCGGGUUAAUUCAAGGGGAGGAGUAUCUGUUCCGGGUUUCAGCUCAGAACGAAAAAGGAAUCAGCGACCCUCGACAACUGAGCGUGCCAGUUGUUGCCAAAGACCUUGUCAUUCCUCCAGCCUUCAAACUCUUAUACAAUACCUUCACCGUUCUGGCAGGAGAAGAUCUGAAGGUUGAUGUCCCAUUCGUUGGACGGCCCCAACCGUCUGUCACCUGGCUUAAGGAUGAUGUCCCUCUGAAGCAGACCACAAGGGUCAAUGCAGAGAGUGCCGAAAACAACACCCUGCUCACGAUAAAGGAAGCCUGCCGGGAAGACGUCGGGCAAUACGUAGUUAAACUCACCAACUCGGCGGGGCAAGCGACCGAAACCCUCAGCGUCAUCGUCCUUGACAAACCAGGGCCUCCAACUGGACCGGUAAAGAUGGAGGAAGUGACAGCAGAUAGCAUUACCAUUUCUUGGCAACCACCAAAGUACGACGGUGGAAGUUCCAUCAAUAAUUACAUUGUAGAGAAAAGGGACACUUCCACGACGACCUGGCAGAUUGUCUCAGCAACUGUGGCAAGAACCACCAUAAAGGCUUGCCGGCUGAAGACUGGCUGCGAAUACCAGUUCCGAAUUGCAGCUGAGAACAGGUAUGGGAAAAGCACCUACCUCAUGUCGGAGCCCAUUGUCGCCCAGUACCCGUUCAAUGUCCCCGGACCUCCUGGGACGCCUUUCGUUGCCGUCUGCGCCAAAGACAGCAUGGAGGUUCAAUGGCAUGAGCCAGUCAAUGACGGCGGGAGCAAGGUCAUUGGCUACCACCUGGAACGCAAGGAGCGGAACAGUAUCCUCUGGUUGAAGCUGAACAAAACCCCCAUUCCGCAAACCAAGUUUAAAACAACUGGCCUCGAAGAAGGCAUCGAGUACGAGUUCCGAGUCAGCGCGGAAAAUAUCGUGGGUGUCGGCAAACCAAGUAAAGUGUCCGAGUGCUACGUAGCCCGUGACCCAUGCGAUCCCCCGGGUCGACCGGAAGCCAUCAUCGUCACGAGGAACUCUGUGACCCUCCAGUGGAAGAAGCCUGUCUACGACGGCGGGAGCAAGAUCACUGGCUAUGUGGUGGAGAAGAAAGAGCUACCUGACGGCCGCUGGAUGAAAGCCAGCUUCACUAACGUCAUCGACACUCAUUUUGAGGUAACCGGCCUAGUCGAAGAUCAGAGAUAUGAAUUCCGGGUCAUAGCACGAAAUGCCGCGGGGGUGUUCAGCGAGCCCUCUGAAAGCACAGGUGCGAUUACAGUGAGAGAUGAAGUGGAGCCACCUCGAAUAAGUAUGGAUCCAAAAUAUAAAGAGACCCUCGUGGUUCACGCUGGUGAGUCCUUCAAGAUUGACGCCGAUGUUUACGGCAAGCCCGUGCCUACCAUCCAAUGGACCAAGGGUGAUCAGGACCUCACCAGCACGGCCCGUUUGGAAAUCAAAAGCUCUGACUUUGCCACCUGCCUCAGCCUGAAAGAAGCAGUCCGGGUAGAUAGCGGGAAUUACGUACUGAAAGCGAAAAAUGUGGCGGGAGAGCGAUCCGCCACCGUUAACGUCAAAGUUCUCGAUCGUCCCGGCCCACCCGAAGGACCCGUUGCGGUGUCAGGAGUCACCGCCGAAAAAUGCACGCUCGCCUGGAAACCCCCGCUGCAGGAUGGCGGCAGUGACAUUUUACAUUACAUUGUGGAAAGGAGAGAAACCAGCCGCUUAGUUUGGACUGUGGUUGAUUCCAAUGUGCAGACUCUGAGCUGCAAAGUGACCAAACUGCUCGAAGGAAAUGAAUACAUUUUCCGCAUAAUGGCCGUAAACAAGUAUGGUGUCAGCGAGCCUCUAGAAUCUGAGCCAGUCAUUGCCAAGAAUCCGUUCGGGAUACCAGAUGCACCGAAGGCUCCGGAAGUCACGACGAUCACCAAAGACUCCAUGAUCGUCGUUUGGGAAAGACCGGCGUCAGAUGGUGGCAGUGAAAUCCUUGGCUACGUCCUUGAAAAACGGGAUAAGGAAGGUAUCCGGUGGACAAGAUGCCACAAGCGUCUGAUCGGAGAGUUGCGCUUGAGAGUUACCGGCCUCAUCGAAAACCACAUCUAUGAAUUCAGGGUCUCCGCGGAGAAUGCUGCCGGCCUGAGCGAACCCAGUCCCCCGUCUGCUUACAACAAAGCUUGUGAUCCCAUUUACAAGCCAGGACCACCCAACAACCCCAAAGCCAUAGAUGUUACAAGAUCCUCCGUCUUCCUCUCGUGGAGCAAGCCGACCUAUGACGGGGGCUGUGAAAUCCAGGGCUACAUUGUUGAAAAAUGCGAUGUAAGCGUUGGCGACUGGACGAUUUGCACUCCUCCGACCGGAAUCAAGAAAACCAACAUGGAAGUAGAGAAGUUAGUGGAGAAGCAUGAAUAUAACUUCCGCAUCUAUGCUGUUAACAAAGCCGGAGUUGGGGAGCAUGCGGACGUGCCCGGGCCUAUUAUUGUGGAAGAGAAAUUGGAAGCGCCGGACAUCGAUCUGGACUUAGAACUCAGAAAAGUUAUCAACAUAAGGGCAGGUGGUUCUUUACGACUAUUUGUUCCCAUUCGGGGCCGUCCUACACCGGAGGUGAAGUGGGGGAAAGCGGACGGUGAGAUCCGGGACGCUGCUAUAAUCGAUGUCACCAGUAGCUUCACCUCUCUGGUCCUUGACAACGUUAACAGAUAUGACAGUGGGAAAUACACUCUCACUUUAGAGAACAGCAGUGGCAGCAAGUCGGCCUUCGUCACCGUGAGGGUCCUGGACACCCCAGGUCCACCUGUGAACCUCAGAGUCACCGAAAUCACCAAAGACUCGGUAUCUAUCACGUGGGAACCUCCCUUGUUGGAUGGGGGAUCUAAGAUAAAGAACUAUAUCGUGGAGAAACGCGAAGCCACGAGGAAGUCUUAUGCUGCGGUCGUAACCAACUGCCAUAAGAACUCGUGGAAAAUAGAACAGCUUCAAGAAGGCUGCAGUUACUUCUUCAGGGUCACAGCCGAGAAUGAGUACGGCAUUGGCGUCCCUGCCCACACCACCGACCCGAUUAAAGUGGCCGAAGUCCCACAGCCACCCAGGAAACUCACCGUGGACGAUGUCACGAGAAACAGCGUCUCUCUAAGCUGGGCCAAGCCGGAACACGACGGCGGCAGCAAAAUCCUCCAGUACAUUGUCGAGAUGCAAGCGAAACAGAGUGACAUGUGGUCAGAAUGUGCCCGGGUGAAGGCCCUCGAAGCAGUCAUCACCAACUUAACGCAAGGGGAAGAAUAUCUGUUUAGAGUAGUGGCCGUAAAUGAAAAGGGGAGAAGCGAUCCAAGAUCCCUUGCGGUCCCCGUGGUUGCCAAAGAUCUGGUCAUUGGACCAGAUGUAAAACCUUUGUUCAACACUUACAGUAUACAGGUAGGACAAGACCUGAAGGUAGAAGUACCAAUUUCUGGGCGUCCCAAACCAACUAUUACCUGGACUAAAGAUGGCCAACCCCUGAAGCAGACCACGAGGCUUAAUGUGACCGAUCUGCCUGACCUUACUGUCCUCAACAUUAAAGAAGUUCACAAGGAUGACGGUGGAGUUUAUGGAAUUACAGUUGCCAAUGUUGUAGGCCAGAAGGCGGCCUCCAUUGAAAUUAUAACCCUAGAUAAGCCCGAUCCCCCACGAGGCCCCGUGAAGUUUGACGACGUAAGUGCGGAAAGUAUCACGCUGUCUUGGAAUCCCCCCUUAUACACUGGCGGCUGCCAAAUUACCAACUACAUCGUGCAUAAGAGAGAUACCACCACCACGCUAUGGGAAACGGUCUCGGCUACCGUUGCUAGAACUACUCUCAAAGUGACCAAACUGAAAACUGGCACAGAAUAUCAAUUCAGAAUAUUUGCUGAGAACAGAUACGGGCAGAGCUUCGCCUUGGAAUCUGACCCAAUCGUAGCUCAGUAUCCCUACAAAGAACCAGGCCCUCCCGGCACCCCGUUUGUAACGGCCGUGACCAAAGACUCUAUGGUUGUCCAGUGGCACGAACCGAUAAACAACGGUGGCAGUCCUGUCCUAGGUUACCACCUGGAGAGAAAGGAAAGGAAUAGUAUUUUGUGGACGAAGAUAAACAAGAUUCUCAUUCACGACACCCAGUUUAAGGCAGUAAAUCUUGAAGAAGGCAUUGAAUAUGAAUUCCGGGUUUACGCCGAAAAUAUCGUGGGUGUAGGCAAAGCCAGCAAGAGUUCGGAGUGCUACGUGGCCCGUGAUCCUUGUGACCCCCCAGGGUGCCCCGAAGCCAUAAUGGUCAAGAGAAAUGAGAUCACCCUUCAGUGGACCAAACCCGCGUAUGAUGGCGGAAGCAUGAUAACCGGUUAUAUUGUAGAGAAACGGGAUUUGCCCGAUGGUCGCUGGAUGAAAGCCAGCUUCACCAAUGUCAUCGAAACUCAAUUCACCGUAACCGGCCUCACCGAAGACGAGCGAUAUGAAUUCAGAGUCAUUGCAAAGAAUGCUGCCGGUGCCAUAAGCAAACCUUCUGACAGUACAGGGCCAAUAACUGCCAGGGAUGAAGUUGAGCUGCCGAGGAUCUCAAUGGAUCCAAAAUACAGGGACACAAUUGUUGUAAAUGCCGGAGAAUCUUUCAGGCUGGAAGCUGACGUCCGUGGGAAGCCCCUGCCUACCAUUGAGUGGUUCAAAGGAGAUCAAGAACUCGAGGACACGGCUCGAUGUGAGAUAAAGAACACGGAAUUCAGAGCCUUAGUUAUCGUGAAAGAUGCCAUUAGGAUCGACGGUGGCCAGUACAUUUUAAGAGCCUCCAACGUGGCCGGUACCAAGUCAUUCCCAGUCAACGUCAAGGUGUUAGACAGACCCGGACCCCCAGAGGGUCCGGUCCAGGUGACCGGGGUCACUGCGGAAAAAUGUCUGCUAGCGUGGUCUCCACCACUCCAUGAUGGCGGCAGUGACAUUUCUCACUAUAUUGUUGAGAAGAGAGAAACCAGUCGACUUGCCUGGACCAUCGUUGCCUCUGAAGUGGUAACCACCACACUGAAAGUCAUCAAGCUUUUGGAAGGAAAUGAGUACAUUUUCCGGAUUCUGGCAGUUAACAAAUACGGUGUCGGCGAGCCUCUGGAGUCUGAACCAGUGCUCAUGAAGAAUCCCUUUGUACUUCCGGGCCCACCCAGGUCCUUAGAAGUCACCAACAUUGCGAAGGACUCCAUGACUGUCUGUUGGAACCGUCCGGAUCACGACGGUGGAAGUGAGAUUAUCGGUUACAUUGUGGAAAAGAGGGACCGGAGUGGCAUUCGAUGGAUCAAAUGCAAUAAGCGCCGGAUAACGGAUUUGCGAUUAAGAGUCACCGGACUAACAGAGGAUCACGAGUACGAAUUCAGAGUAUCUGCAGAAAACGCGGCCGGCAUUGGGGAGCCAAGCCAGACUACGACUUUCUACAAGGCCUGUGAUCCCGUGUUCAAACCCGGGCCACCCACAAAUGCCCACGUCGUGGACACCACCAAAAGUUCAAUUACUCUGGCCUGGGGCAAGCCAAUUUAUGAUGGCGGCAGCGAAGUCCUCGGAUACAUAGUGGAGCUCUGCAAGGCGGAUGAGGAAGAAUGGCAAGUCGUUACUCCACCGACCGGGCUGCGUGUCACCCGGUUUGAGGUUACCAAGCUCACCGAGCACCAGGAGUAUAAAAUACGAGUCUGUGCCCUCAAUAAAGUGGGCAUAGGGGAAGCUGCAUCAAUCCCUGAUGUCGUUAAACCUGAAGACAAGCUGGAAGCUCCCGAACUUGACUUGGAUUCAGAACUGAGAAAGGGGAUAGUAGUCAGGGCCGGCGGCUCGGUUAGAAUUCACAUUCCAUUCAGAGGACGACCAACGCCUGACAUCUCUUGGUCUCGCGAGGAAGGCGAUUUCACCGAUAAGGUUCAAAUUGAAAAGGGUCUAAACUACACCCAGUUAUCCAUUGACAACUGUGAUAGAAAUGAUGCCGGGAAAUACCUUCUCAAGUUGGAAAACAGCAGCGGAUCCAAAUCCGCAUUCGUUACCGUGAAAGUCCUCGAUACCCCAGGCCCCCCGCAGAAUCUGGCGGUCAAAGAAGUGAGGAAAGACUCAGUCUCACUGGUUUGGGAGCCCCCUGUCAUCGAUGGUGGGGCAAAGAUAAAGAACUACAUCAUCGACAAACGGGAGUCUACCCGCAAGGCGUAUGCCAACGUGAGUGCUAAAUGUAGCAAAACAAGCUUUAAAGUGGAGAAUCUCACAGAAGGCGCAGUCUAUUACUUCAGGGUUAUGGCCGAGAAUGAAUUCGGAGUUGGGGUCCCAGUGGAGACACUCGAUGCUGUGAAAGCCGCCGAGCCGCCCUCGCCCCCAGGAAAGGUCACUCUCACAGAUGUGUCCCAGACCAGCGCAUCGCUCUCGUGGGAGAAGCCCGAGCACGAUGGCGGCAGCAGGAUUUUGGGCUACGUCGUUGAAAUGCAGCCAAAAGGGACGGAGAAAUGGAACGUGGUCGCUGAGUCCAAAGUAUGCAGUGCCGUGAUUUCUGGUUUGAGCUCGGGACACGAAUACCAGUUCCAAGUCAAGGCUUUCAACGAGAAAGGGAAAAGUGACCCGAGACUGCUUGGCAUUCCCGUGAUAGCUAGUGACUUGACUAUUCCGCCCAGCUUUAAACUGCCAUUUAACACCUAUAGCGUCCAAGCUGGAGAAGAGCUCAAGAUUGAAGUACCAGUCCUGGGCCGACCUAAACCUAAGAUUUCCUGGGAGAAGGACGGUGAGACCCUCAAACAGACAACCAGGACAAACGUCGAGGAAACGGCCACGUCAACUAUCUUGCACAUUAAAGAGAGCAACAAGGACGACUUUGGCAAAUACACCAUCACGGCGUCGAACAGUGCAGGCACGGCCACAGAAAACCUCAGUGUCAUCGUUUUGGAAAAGCCCGGUCCUCCAGUUGGGCCCGUUCAGUUUGAUGAAAUCAGUGCUGACUUUGUGGUCAUUUCCUGGGAACCACCGGCCUACACGGGCGGCUGUCAGAUAAGCAACUACAUUGUGGAAAAACGAGACACCACCUCCACAACUUGGCAAAUGGUCUCAGCCACAGUUGCAAGAACAACAAUUAAAGUGACCAGACUUAAAACAGGCACCGAAUACCAGUUCAGAAUUUUUGCAGAAAACAGAUAUGGGAAGAGUAGCCCGCUGGACUCCAAACCCGUGGUUGUACAGUAUCCCUUUAAAGUGCCAGGGCCACCCGGAACUCCUUUCGUUACCUCCAUUUCAAAGGACCAGAUGAUGGUGCAGUGGCACGAGCCAGUCAACGACGGCGGGAGCAAAGUGCUUGGCUACCACCUCGAACAGAAAGAAAAGAAUAGCGUUCUUUGGGCCAAACUAAACAAGGCCCUCAUUCAAGACACCAAAUUCAAAACAACCGGCCUCGAGGAAGGCCUCGAGUAUGAGUUCAAAGUUUCUGCAGAAAACAUCGUUGGCGUCGGCAAGCCUAGCAAAGUCUCUGAAUGCUUUUGUGCCCGAGACCCCUGUGACCCACCUGGUCGCCCAGAAGCCAUUGUCAUUACCAGGAACUCAGUCAGCCUUAAGUGGAAAAAGCCUGUCUAUGAUGGCGGGAGCAAAAUAACCGGAUAUAUUGUAGAGAAGAAAGAUCUGCCUGAAGGUCGCUGGAUGAAAGCCAGCUUCACCAAUGUACUUGAAACUGAAUUUACCGUGACGGGGCUUGUAGAGAACCAAAGGUACGAAUUUAGAGUUAUUGCAAGAAAUGCCGCGGGGAAUUUCAGUGAACCGUCAGAAAGCACAGGGGCAAUAACUGCUAGAGAUGAAAUCGAUGCACCAAGUGCUUCCCUGGAUCCCAAAUACAGAGAUGUCAUUGUGGUUCGGGCUGGAGAGACCUUUGUCCUUGAAGCCGACAUCCACGGCAAGCCAAUCCCUGAAGUCCUGUGGUCGAAGGACGGGAAGGACCUGGAAGAGACCACGGCGAGAAUGGAAAUCAAAUCUACUCUUCAGAAAACUACCCUGGUGGUCAAAGACUGUGUAAGAACCGAUGGGGGUCAAUACGUUCUGAAGCUCAGUAAUGUGGGUGGAGCCAAGUCGAUACCGAUCACCGUAAAAGUCCUAGAUAGACCGGGUCCCCCUGAGGGACCUCUGAAAGUUUCAGGGGUCACUGCCGAGAAAUGUUACCUGGCCUGGAACCCACCUCUGCACGACGGUGGUGCCAGCAUUUCGCAUUACAUCAUUGAGAAGAGGGAGACAAGUAGACUGUCCUGGACCCAGGUCUCAACCGACGUACAGGCCUUGAACUAUAAGGUAACCAAGCUCCUUCCAGGCAAUGAAUAUAUCUUCCGGGUCAUGGCGGUGAAUAAAUACGGAAUCGGAGAAGCGCUCGAAUCUGAGCCCAUCCUGGCCUGUAAUCCCUACAGGCCUCCAGGGCCGCCUUCCACUCCGGAAGUUUCAGCCAUCACAAAAGACUCAAUGGUGGUCACGUGGAAUCGCCCGGUGGACGAUGGCGGGGCUGAAAUCGAGGGUUACAUUCUUGAAAAGCGUGACAAAGAUGGCAUCAGGUGGACCAAGUGCAACAAGAAAAGUCUGACGGACCCGCGAUUCAGAGUUACGGGGCUCACGGAAGGCCAUUCCUAUGAAUUCAAAGUUUCUGCGGAAAAUGCUGCCGGUGUCGGUGAACCCAGCGAACCGUCUGUCUUCUAUCGUGCGUGCGACGCCUUGUAUCCUCCGGGCCCGCCAAACAAUCCCAAAGUGACGGACACUUCCAGAUCUUCCGUAUCUCUAGCAUGGAAUAAGCCCAUCUACGAUGGCGGGGCCCCAGUUAAGGGGUACGUGGUGGAGGCCAAAGAAGCUUCGGCUGAUGAGUGGGUGACCUGUACACCGCCGACGGGCCUUCAGGGAAAGAAGUUCACAGUUACCAAACUGAAAGAGAAUAGUGAAUACAACUUCCGCAUCUGUGCCAUUAACUCUGAAGGUGUCGGGGAGCCUGCUGUUAUCCCUGGUGCAGUCCUCGUGACUGAAAGGAUUGAGCCUCCCGAAAUAGAACUUGACGCGGAUCUCAGAAAGGUAGUCGUUCUGCGUGCAAGUGCCACCUUGCGCUUAUUUGUCACCAUCAAAGGGAGACCAGAACCUGAAGUCAAGUGGGAAAAAGCAGAAGGCACCCUCACUGAAAGAGCUCAAAUCGAGGUGACCAGCUCCUAUACCAUGUUGGUCAUCGAUAACGUCACCAGGUUUGACAGCGGCCGAUAUAACCUGACUCUAGAAAAUAACAGUGGCUCCAAAACCGCUUUUGUGAAUGUCAGAGUCCUGGAUUCGCCGAGUGCUCCUGUGAAUCUGACCGUGAGAGAGGUGAAGAAAGAUUCAGUAGUGCUGUCUUGGGAACCGCCGCUCAUUGACGGUGGUGCUAAAAUUACAAACUACAUCGUCGAAAAGCGAGAAUCGACGAGAAAAGCCUAUGCCACCGUUACAAAUAACUGCACCAAAAACUCCUUCAAGAUUGAAAAUCUGCAGGAAGGAAGUACUUACUAUUUCCGGGUCUUGGCGGCAAAUGAGUAUGGAAUCGGUUUGCCAGCAGAAACAACUGAACCAGUUAAAGUGUCUGAACCACCGCUCCCGCCUGGAAGAGUGACUCUUGUAGAUGUGACCCGCAACACCGCGACGCUUAAAUGGGAGAAACCAGAAAGUGAUGGAGGCAGUAAAAUUACUGGCUACGUGGUGGAAAUGCAAACAAAAGGGAGUGAAAAAUGGAGCACCUGUACACAAGUUAAGACCCUCGAGGCAACUAUAUCUGGUCUGUCCGUGGGAGAAGAGUACACCUUCAGGGUGGCUGCCGUCAAUGAGAAAGGCAAAAGUGAUCCCAGACAACUCGGAGUCCCAGUAAUCGCCAAGGAUAUUGAAAUUAAACCUUCCAUUGAGCUUCUCUUCAAUACGUUCAAUGUAAAAGCUGGAGAGGGACUUAAGAUCGAUGUGCCGUUUAAGGGAAGACCUCUACCUUCUGUAAGUUGGCAGAAAGAUGGGCAGGCCUUAAAAGAGACCACGAGGGUGAAUGUUCAGUCAACAAAGACGGUGACAUCACUGACGAUCAAGGAAGCUUCGAGAGAGGACGUUGGGACGUAUGAAGUGUGCGUUUCAAACAGCGCCGGAUCGACAACAGCCUCUUUAACUGUAGUCGUGCUGGAUCGGCCCGGGCCUCCCGGUCCUAUCCAAAUUGAUGAGGUGAGCUCCGACAACAUAACCAUAUCUUGGAGCCCUCCAGAGUACGACGGUGGCUGCCAUAUUAGCAACUACAUUGUUGAGAAGAGAGUUACCACUUCCACAGCAUGGCAAGUAGUCUCCCAGGCCGUGGCCAGGACAUCCAUUAAGAUAUCCCGUCUCACUACAGGCAGUGAAUAUCAGUUCCGGGUCUGUGCAGAGAAUCGCUACGGCAAGAGCACCUACAGUGAUUCCUCGGCAGUGGUUGCAGAAUAUCCUUUCAGUCCUCCAGGACCACCUGGAACCCCCAAAGUUGUCCUUGCAACGAAAUCCACCAUGACCGUAAGUUGGCAAGUGCCAGUUAACGAUGGAGGAAGCCAGGUCAUCGGUUACCACCUCGAGCAUAAAGAGAGAAGUAGCAUUCUUUGGACAAAAGUAAAUAAAACCCUCAUAGCUGAUACCCAGAUGAAGGUCACAGGCCUGGACGAAGGACUGAUGUAUGAAUAUCGUGUCUAUGCUGAGAAUAUCGCGGGAAUUGGCAAGUGCAGUAAGUCAUGCGAGCCGGUGGCCGCCCGGGACCCAUGCGAUCCUCCUGGCCAACCUGAAGUUACCAACAUUACGAGAAAAUCGGUCACGCUGAAAUGGACCAAACCCCGUUACGAUGGUGGGGCGAAGAUCACAGGGUACAUCAUUGAGCGCAGAGAGCUACCAGACGGCCGGUGGUUGAAGUGCAACUUUACUAAUGUACAGGAGACUUACUUCGAGGUAACCGAACUCACCGAAGAUCAGCGUUAUGAGUUCCGGGUUUUGGCAAGGAAUGCAGCGGACUCGGUGAGUGAACCAUCUGAAUCAACUGGGCCCAUUACGGUUAGAGAUGACAUGGAGGCUCCAAGGAUUAUGAUGGACGUCAACUUCCGGGACGUAGUGGUGGUCAAAGCUGGCGAGACCCUGAAAAUCAAUGCAGAUAUUGCAGGGAGGCCCCUGCCGGUCAUUUCCUGGGCGAAGGAUGGCAAAGAAAUUGAGGAAAGAGCGAGAAUCGAAAUCGUUUCCACAGACAGCACCACUAUGCUGGUUGUCAAAGAAUGUGUGAGGCGGGAUUCUGGUCAGUACAUCCUUACGCUCAAAAACGUCGCUGGAACCCGAUCGAUGACUGUGAAUUGCAAGGUCCUUGAUCGACCCGGCCCUCCGGCGGGGCCCCUCGAGAUCAGCGGCCUGACGGCCGAAAAAUGCUCACUCUCUUGGGGUCCCCCGCAAGAAGACGGUGGUGCCAACAUUGACUAUUACGUUGUGGAAAAGCGUGAGACGAGCCGUCUUGCCUGGACCAUUUGCGAGGAAGAACUGAGAACCACCUUCUGCAAAGUCACCAAACUCCUCAGAGGCAAUGAAUACAUUUUUAGAGUGAUUGGCGUCAACAAGUACGGUGUCGGUGAGCCCCUGGAGAGCGUAGCAGUAAAGGCACUAGACCCAUUUACGGUUCCCAGCCCUCCCACAUCUGUAGAGAUCACUUCGGUGGCCAAGGAUUUCAUGACCCUCUGUUGGUCAAGACCCGAGAGUGAUGGCGGCAGUGAAAUCUCCGGAUACGUGAUUGAGCGGCGUGAGAAAAACAGCCUGCGCUGGGUGCGAGUGAACAAAAAACCAGUGUACGAUCUCAGAGUGAAAUCAUCCGGACUGCGGGAAGGCUGUGAGUACGAGUACCGGGUUUAUGCCGAGAAUGCCGCUGGUCUGAGCCUUCCGAGUGAACCGACACCACUGACUAAGGCAGAAGAUCCAGUUUUCUUACCGUCUCCCCCGUCUAAACCUAAGAUCGUAGACUCGGGUAAGACAAACAUAACUAUCAGUUGGGUGAAGCCGCUGUUUGAUGGUGGGGCCCCGGUCACCGGCUACACUGUGGAGUACAAGAUGACCGACGAAACCGACUGGUCAACCGCGAUUCUGAGUUUAAGAGGAACCGAAUACACGUUAAGUGGCUUAACGUCAGGGGCUGAAUACGUGUUUAGAGUGAGAUCCAUCAACAAAGUUGGGGCAAGUGAUCCAAGUGAGACUUCAGAUCCUCAAGUCGCCAAGGAAAGAGAGGAGGAACCCGUGUUUGAUCUCGACAGUGAAAUGCGAAAGACUUUGAUUGUCAAGGCUGGGGCCUCGUUCACAAUAACCGUACCUUUCCGAGGAAGGCCAGUACCCAACGUAAUGUGGAGUAAACCGGAUUCCGAUCUCCGUACCAGAGCUUGCAUCGACUCUACCAACACUCGAACAUCGCUCACCGUCGAAAGGGCUACCAGAAAUGACUCGGGAAAAUACACCUUAACAAUUCAGAAUGUUGUAAGCGCCGCUUCACUGACUUUGGUUGUCAAAGUUCUUGACUCUCCUGGUCCCCCAGCUAACGUUACCGUAAAGGAGGUAACCAGAGAGUCUGCAGUGUUAUCCUGGGACGUUCCUGAAAAUGAUGGUGGUGCUCCUGUGAAGAACUACCAUAUUGAGAAACGGGAAGCCAGCAUGAAAGCGUGGGUCUCUGUUACCAAUAACUGUAAUCGCCUUGCCUACAAAAUCUCCAACCUACAAGAAGGUGCUGUUUACUACUUCAGAGUGGCUGGAGAAAAUGAGUUUGGAGUUGGCGUCCCGGCCGACACGAAGGAAGGAGUGAAAAUAACAGAAAAACCAAGCCCUCCUGAAAAACUUGGGGUGACGAGUGUCUCCAAGGACAGCAUUUCUUUGACUUGGCUCAAACCGGAGCAUGACGGCGGCAGCCGAAUCGAGCACUACAUCGUUGAAGCACUAGAAAAAGGACAGAAGAACUGGGUUAAAUGUGCAGUUGUAAAAACCACUCGUCACGUUGUUUCUGGUCUCCGAGAAAACUCCGAAUACUUCUUCAGGGUGUUUGCUGAAAACCAAGCUGGGCUCAGUGAUCCAAAAGAACUCCUGCUUCCUGUUCUUGUUAAAGAACAACUGGAAUCUCCUGAAAUUGAUAUGAAGAAUUUCCCAAGUAACACUGUAUAUGUCAGGGCAGGAUCCAACCUUAAGGUUGACAUUCCAAUUUCUGGGAAACCGCUGCCGAAGGUAACGUUAUCCAGAGACGGCGUCCCAGUGAAAGGAACCGUAAGAUUUAAUACUGAAACCACGGCCGAAAACGUCACCAUUAAUCUUAAAGAGAGUGUCGCGGCUGACACCGGGAGGUAUGACAUCACUGCAGCCAAUUCCAGUGGAACCACGAAAGCUUUUAUUAACAUUGUUGUGCUGGAUAGGCCUGGACCCCCAGAGGGCCCAGUCGUAAUUAGCGAUAUCACGGAGGGAAGUGUCACCUUGAAGUGGCAGCCACCGAAGUACGAUGGGGGAAGUCAAGUGACCAACUAUAUUGUACUCAAGAGAGAGACAAACACGGCGGUCUGGACUGAAGUUUCGGCAACAGUUGCGAGAAACUUGAUUAAAGUCAUGAAGCUGACCACGGGAGAAGAAUAUCAAUUCCGCAUCAAGGCGGAGAACCGCUUUGGCAUCAGUGACCAUAUCGAUUCAGCCUGCGUGACUGUUAAACUGCCAUACACCACACCUGGACCUCCAUCUACGCCGUGGGUCACUAACGUCACGCAAGAGAGCAUCACAGUCGGUUGGCAUGAACCGGUUUCUAAUGGAGGCAACGCGGUCAUCGGAUACCAUUUGGAAAUGAAGGACAGGAACAGCAUUUUAUGGCAGAAGGCUAAUAAAAUGAUUAUUCGCACAACUCACUUCAAAGUCACCACCAUCAGCGCCGGACUCAUUUAUGAAUUUAGGGUGUAUGCCGAAAACGCUGCUGGCGUUGGAAAACCUAGCCAUCCUUCAGAACCUGUUCUUGCAAUCGAUGCCUGUGAACCUCCAAGAAACGUUCGCAUCAGAGAUAUCUCCAAGAACUUUGUUAGCCUUUCGUGGCAGAAGCCAGCUUUUGAUGGCGGUAGCAAGAUAACAGGCUACAUUGUCGAGAGACGGGACUUACCAGACGGCCGGUGGACCAAGGCCAGCUUCACCAAUGUCAUUGAGACGCAGUUCACUGUAGUGGGCUUGACUCAGAGUUCCCAGUAUGAGUUCCGGGUUUUUGCCAAGAAUGCUGUUGGUUCUACUAGCAAUCCAUCUGAGGUCGUAGGCCCUGUCACGUGCGUUGAUACUUACGGCGCUCCCCAAAUCGACUUGCCACUAGAAUACACGGAGGUGGUCAAGUACAGAGCCGGCACAGCAGUGAAACUUAGAGCCGGUAUCUCUGGCAAGCCGGAGCCGACAAUUGAAUGGUACAAGGACGACAAAGAGCUUCAAACCAAUGCACUGGUGUCUAUCGAAAAUUCAACGGACCUUGCAUCCAUCCUCAUCAAAGAUGCCAACCGUCUUAAUAGCGGAACCUAUGAGUUAAAAUUAAGGAAUGCCUUGGGUUCAGCCUCGGCUAGCAUCAGAGUGCAGAUCCUAGACAAGCCCGGCCCACCGGGUGGCCCCAUAGACUUUAAGACCGUCACUGCCGAAAAGAUAACCCUGCUGUGGCGACCUCCUGCAGACGAUGGCGGGGCAAAAAUAACCCAUUACAUUGUGGAGAAACGUGAGACGAGCCGUGUGGUGUGGUCCAUGGUGUCUGAAAACUUGGAAGCUUGCAUCGUCACUACUACAAAACUCAUCAAAGGAAAUGAAUACGUCUUCCGGGUCCGGGGAGUGAACAAGUAUGGAGAUGGGGAACCCUUGGAAUCGGAACCUGUGGUGGCUAAAAAUGCUUUUGUUACUCCUGGGCCACCUAGUGUCCCAGAGGUCACCAAGAGUACCAAGAGCUCCAUGACAGUCGUCUGGAACAGACCAGUUGUAGACGGAGGCAGUGAAAUCAAUGGCUAUUACCUUGAGAAGCGAGAUAAAAAGAGCUUAGCCUGGUUCAAGGUGCUUAAAGAAACCAUCCGGGACACUAGACAGAAAGUGUCAGGAUUAACCGAAAACAGCGAAUAUCAGUACCGAGUGUGUGCGGUCAACGCAGCUGGAUUGGGUCCGUUUUCUGAACCAUCUGAUUUCUACAAAGCUGCAGAUCCGAUCGAUGUACCAGGGCAACCCGCAAAACUCAAGGUCGUAGAUACCACUAAAUCUUCCAUUACUCUCGGCUGGUCUAAGCCAGUGUACGACGGAGGCAGUGCCAUUACUGGGUACGUGGUGGAGCAAAGAGAGGGCAUCGAUGAGGAAUGGACUGUUGUCAGCACCAAGGGCGAAGUUAGGACAACCGAGUACGUGGUGUCUCACCUGAACCCUGGCAUCAACUACUAUUUCCGCGUAUCUGCUCUAAAUUGUGCUGGACAAGGAGAACCUAUUGAAAUGACAGAACCCGUGCAAGCUAAAGAUAUCCUUGCGGAACCGGAGAUCGACCUGGACGUGGCUCUCAGGACCUCCGUUAUCGCGAAAGCAGGAGAGGAUGUUCAAGUGUUGAUUCCCUUCAAAGGGAGACCCCCGCCCACCGUCACAUGGAGAAAAGAAGAAAAGAACCUAAGCAGCGAUGCCAGGUACAACAUUCAGAACACCGACUCAUCUUCACUGCUCACCAUCCCUCAAGUUACCCGCCACGACACGGGGAAGUACGUUCUGACGAUAGAAAACGGAGUUGGCGAGCCCAAGUCUUCGACUGUGAGUGUCAAAGUGCUGGACACGCCAGCAGCAUGCCAGAAAUUGCAGCUCAAGCAUGUGUCCCAAGGCACCGUCACCCUGCUCUGGGAACCGCCUCUCAUCGACGGUGGCUCUCCCAUAACAAACUACAUCAUCCAAAAGAGAGACGCCACCAAGAGAACCUGGUCUUCUGUGACCUCGAAAUGCUCCAACACGUCCUUGAAGGUGACAGACCUGUCGGAGAAGAUCCCGUACUUCUUCCGCGUUCUCGCAGAAAACGAAAAUGGAAUAGGGGAGCCCUGUGAUACCACUGAGCCCGUGAAAGCUGCUGAGGUCCCGGCCCCAGUGAGAGAUCUGUCGAUGAAAGACUCGACCAAGACCUCAGUCACCCUGCACUGGACCAAACCCGAUUUUGACGGUGGCAGUAGUAUCACCGAAUACGUCGUGGAAAGGAAAGGCAAAGGCGAACAGAGCUGGUCUCACGCUGGCGUAAGCAAAGCAUGUGAAAUAGAAAUCGACAAUCUCAAGGAGCAGUCCGUCUUGGAAUUCAGAGUGUGUGCCAAAAAUGAGAAGGGACUGAGCGAUGGGGUGACUGUUGGACCCAUCACCGUGAAAGAACUUUUGAUAACACCAGACGUUGACCUUUCUGAUAUCCCCGAAGCCACGAUCAAGGUGAGAAUUGGUCACAACGUACACCUCGAACUGCCUUACAAAGGGAAACCCAAACCAGCCAUCAGUUGGUUGAAGGACAGCAUACCUCUGAAAGAGAGCGAACAGGUCCGCUUCAGUAAGACCGAGAACAAAAUAACUUUGAGUAUCAAGAACGUGAAAAAGGAGCACGGUGGCAAGUACGCUGUCGUCCUUGAUAAUGCAGUGAGCAGAAAUAGCUUUCCCAUUACAGUCAUCACUCUGGGCCCCCCAUCCAAACCCAAAGGACCCAUCCGGUUUGAAGAAAUCAAGGCUGAUAGUGCCAUCAUGUCAUGGGAUGUCCCCGAAGAUGACGGAGGAGGAGAAAUUACUUCUUACAGCAUUGAAAAGAGAGAAACCUCCCAAACGAACUGGAAGAUGGUGUGUUCUAGUGCUACCAGAACAACUUUCAAGGUCCCUAAUCUCGUGAAAGACACCGAGUACCAAUUCAGGGUUAGGGCGGAAAACAGAUAUGGAAUAAGCCCACCACUCGUCUCCAAAGACAUUGUGGCCAAACACCAGUUCAGGAUUCCCGGGCCUCCCGGAAAGCCCGUGGUCUACAAUGUCACAUCUGAUGGCAUGUCAAUCACUUGGGACGCUCCUGUUUAUGACGGAGGUUCGGAAGUCACUGGAUUCUAUGUUGAAAAGAAAGAAAGAAAUAGCAUCCUGUGGCAGAAAGUUAAUACAUCAUCUAUCUCUGGAAGAGAAUACAGAAUCAUUGGACUCAUCGAGGGACUGGAUUACCAGUUCCGGGUGUGUGCUGAAAAUUCUGCUGGCCUAAGCCCACCUAGCGAUCCAAGCAAAUUUACUCUGGCCGUGUCCCCUGUAGACCCACCCGGCACUCCUGACUACAUUGAUGUUACCCGAGAAACUGUCACACUUAAAUGGAAUCCACCACUGCGUGAUGGAGGCAGUAAGAUUGUAGCCUACAGUAUUGAGAAGCGGCAAGGAAAUGACAGGUGGCUUAGGUGCAACUUUACAGAUGUCAGUGAAUGUCAAUAUACGGUCACAGGACUAAGCCCAGGUGACCGGUACGAGUUCCGGGUCAUUGCAAGAAAUGUCGUUGGAACAAUCAGCCCACCAUCCCAGUCUUCGGGCUAUAUCAUGACCAGAGAUGAAAAUGUUCCUCCAACCGUGGAAUUUGGUCCGGAAUACUUUGAUGGCCUUAUUAUUAAGGCUGGGGAUAGCCUUCGACUCAAAGCUUUGGUCCAGGGGCGACCAGUGCCCAGAGUCACUUGGUUCAGAGAUGGACAAGAGAUUGACAAGAGAAUGAAUAUGGAAAUAACAGAUGUCCUUGGAUCCAGCACUAUCUUCGUUAGAGAUGCCACCCGUGAUCACCGUGGAGUUUACACAAUAGAAGCCAAAAAUGUGUCUGGAAGUACAAAAGCGGAAAUCUCUGUAAAAGUUCAAGAUACACCGGGAAAAAUAGUUGGACCAAUAAGAUUCACCAAUAUUACUGGAGAAAAGAUGACCUUAUGGUGGGAUGCUCCCCUCAAUGAUGGCUGUGCUCCUGUAACCCACUAUGUUAUUGAAAAACGGGAAACCAGCAGGCUCGCUUGGGCACUCAUUGAAGACAAUUGUGAAGCCCAAAGUUACACAGCAGUCAAACUCAUCAAGGGCAACGAGUACCAGUUCCGGAUUUCUGCGGCCAAUAAGUUUGGUGUUGGACGGCCACUGGAUUCUGACCCAGUUGUCGCCCAGAUUCAGUACACUGUCCCAGAUGCCCCUGGCACCCCAGAACCUACCAACGUAACCGGAGAUAGCAUCACACUCACCUGGGCCAGGCCAGAAUCGGACGGUGGAAACGAAAUUCAACAAUACAUCCUGGAAAGGAGAGAAAAGAAGAGCAUGAGAUGGGUAAAAGUCUCCAGCAAACGGUCCAUUAUCGAAACAAGAUUCAGAGUAACCGGUCUCACGGAAGGCAACGAAUAUGAGUUCCGCGUGAUGGCGGAAAAUGCUGCAGGCGUAGGACCGACCAGUGGUAUUUCAAGGCUCAUUAAGUGUAGAGAGCCAGUGAACCCACCAAGUGCUCCUACUGUAGUCAAAGUGACGGACACCUCGAAGACGACCGUCAGCUUGGAAUGGGGCAAACCGGUUUUCGAUGGAGGCAUGGAAAUAAUCGGCUACAUCAUUGAAAUGUGCAAAGCUGACUUGGGAGACUGGCAGAAAGUCAACCCAGAGGCUUGUGUUAAAACGAGGUACACGGUCACCGAUUUACAGGCAGGCGAAGAGUACAAAUUCCGAGUCAGCGCCAUCAACGGCGCUGGCAAAGGAGAGAGCUGCGAAGUUUCCGGGACCAUUCAAGCGGUGGACAGGCUGUCCGCUCCAGAACUUGACAUCGACGCCAACUUCAAGCAAAUGCACGUUGUUAGAGCGGGGGCGAGUAUCCGUCUCUUCAUUGCCUUCCGAGGAAGACCUACUCCAACCGCAGCAUGGAGCAAGCCGGACUCCAACCUGAGUAUCCGAGCUGACAUUCACACAACCGAUUCGUUCAGCACCCUCACGGUGGAGAACUGCAACAGAAAUGAUGCUGGCAAAUACACCUUUUCAGUAGAGAACAACAAUGGCAGCAAAGCGGUCACUUUUGCGGUCAAGGUUCUAGACUCCCCAGGCCCUCCGGGACCCAUCACCUUCAAGGACGUGACCAGAGGCUCCGUCACACUAAUGUGGGAUGCUCCUCUCCUCGACGGAGGAGCCCGGGUCCAUCACUACGUCGUGGAGAAGCGGGAAGCGAGCCGCAGGAGCUGGCAGAUCGUCAGCGAAAAGUGUGCACGACAAAUCUUAAGGGUCACGGAUCUCGCGGAAGGGGCGCCGUACUACUUCCGGGUUUCUGCCGUGAACGAAUACGGCAUCGGUGAGCCGUACGAAAUGCCAGAGCCGAUCGUGGCCACGGAAGAACCUGCUCCGCCUAAGAGGCUGGAUGUCGUCGACACCACCAGAUCCUCAGCCGUGUUAGCUUGGCUUAAACCCGAUCACGACGGCGGUAGCCGGAUCACCAGCUAUCUCCUGGAAAUGAGACAGAAGGGCUCUGAAUUUUGGGUGGAAGCCGGCCAAACCAAACAACUUACUCUGACGGUGGAACGUCUCACAGAGAACACGGAAUACGAGUUCCGGGUGAAGGCCAAGAACGACGCUGGCUACAGUGAGCCCAGGGAAGCUUUCACCUCUGUCAUAAUCAAGGAGCCGCAGAUUGAGCCCACUGCAGAUCUCAGUGGAAUCACCAAUCAGCUCAUCACGUGCAAAGCCGGGAGCCCGUUCACCAUUGACAUUCCCAUCGGUGGCCGUCCCGCUCCCAAGGUUUCGUGGAAACUUGAAGAAACCAGGCUGAAGGAAACCGAGCGAAUGAGCAUAACCACCACCAAGGAGAGAACGACACUGACCAUUAAGGAAAGCAUGAGAGGGGACUCUGGAAACUAUCACUUGACACUCGAGAACACCGCAGGGGUGAAAACAUUCAGCGUGACCGUCGUGGUCAUCGGAAGGCCGGGCCCAGUGACGGGCCCCAUCGAAGUCUCGUCCAUCUCUGCUGAGUCAUGUGUCUUGACCUGGCAGGAGCCUGUAGAUGAUGGCGGCACCGAGAUCACCAAUUACAUCGUGGAAAAACGGGAAUCGGGCACGACAGCUUGGCAGCUGGUAAAUUCCAGCGUCAAACGCACCCAGAUCAAAGUCACUCACCUCACGAAGUACAUGGAAUACACGUUCCGCGUCUGUUCGGAAAACAGAUUUGGAAUCAGCAAGCCUCUGGAAUCAGCUCCGAUAGUGGCUGAGCAUCCCUUCGUUCCUCCCAGUGCGCCCACCAGGCCUGAAGUCUACUUUGUAUCCGCCAAUGCCAUGGCUAUCCGUUGGGAGGAGCCGUAUCAUGAUGGUGGCAGCAAGGUUAUCGGGUACUGGGUUGAGAAGAAAGAACGCAACACCAUCCUCUGGGUGAAGGAAAACAAAGUGCCGUGCUUGGAGUGCAACUUCAAAGUCACGGGCUUGGUGGAAGGUCUGGAAUAUCAAUUCAGAACGUAUGCACUCAAUGCAGCUGGAGUGAGCAAAGCCAGCGAAGCUUCAAGACCUUUAGUAGCUCAAAAUCCAGUUGAUGCCCCUGGAAGGCCGGAAGUAACCGAUGUCACGAGAUCGACGGUUUCACUGAGCUGGACUGCCCCCGUUUACGACGGCGGCAGCAAAAUUGUAGGUUACAUCGUCGAGCGGAAGCCGUUCAAUGAUGCCGGAGACGGUCGCUGGCUGAAAUGCAACUACACCAUCGUUUCGGAAAAUUUCUUCACCGUGACGGCUCUGAGCGAGGGAGAUACUUACGAAUUCCGUGUGCUGGCCAAGAACACAGCCGGGGUCAUCAGCAAGGGCUCUGAAUCCACUGGGGCUGUCACCUGCAGAGAUGAAUAUUCCCCUCCCAAAGCUGAGCUGGACGCCAGGCUGCAGGGAGAGAUCGUAACCAUCCGAGCUGGAUCUGAUCUCGUCCUUGACGCGGCGGUGGGCGGCAAACCCGAACCCAAAAUCUUCUGGACCAAAGGCGACAAGGAACUGGAUCUCUGUGAGAAGGUCUCUUUGCAGUACACCAGGAAACGGGCCACUGCAGUGAUCAAAUUCUGCGACAGAAGUGACAGCGGAAAAUACACCUUGACCGUCAAGAACGCCAGCGGAACCAAGACCGUCUCCGUCAUCGUCAAAGUCCUCGAUUCUCCGGGCCCGUGUACAAAUCUCACCGUGAGCAGAGUGACGGAAGAGAAGUGCACUCUGGCGUGGAACCAGCCUCAGGAGGACGGAGGGGCGGAAAUGACACACUACACCGUGGAAAGACGUGAAACUAGCAGGCUCAACUGGGUUAUCGUUGAGGCUGAAUGCCAGACGCUCUCGUACGUCGUAACCAGGCUCAUCAAAAACAAUGAAUAUGUAUUCCGUGUGAGGGCAGUCAACAAGUAUGGCCUGGGGGUCCCUGUUGAGACGGAACCUAUUGUUGCUCGAAAUACAUUCACCAUUCCAUCUCCACCUGGUAUGCCAGAAGAAGUGGGUGUUGGCAAAGAGCAUGUCAUCCUUCAGUGGCUGAAACCAGAAUCCGACGGCGGCAAUGAGAUCAGCAACUAUCUAGUAGACAAACGCGAAAAGAAGAGCUUGCGCUGGACCCGCGUCAACAAGGAUUACGUUGUAUACGACACCAGGCUGAAAGUGACGGGCUUAAUGGAAGGCAGCAACUACCAGUUCCGGGUCACAGCUGUAAACGCUGCUGGCAACAGUGAACCUAGUGAAUCUUCCAACUUCAUCUUAUGCAAGGAACCAUCAUAUACUCCCGGGCCACCAUCUGCCCCAAGAGUUGUGGAUACCACCAAACGCAGUAUUAGUUUGGCGUGGACCAAACCCAUGUAUGACGGAGGCGCCAAUAUCAUCGGCUAUGUCCUGGAGAUGCAAGAAAAGGGAACCGAGCAGUGGUUCAGAGUGCACACUAAUGCAACUCUAAGGAAUGCCGAGUUCACUGUGCCUGACCUCAAGACAGGCGAGAAAUACCGUUUCCGAGUGGCUGCCGUGAAUGUGAACGGAAUGAGCGAAUACAGCGAAUCGACGGCCGAAAUAGAACCCGUGGAGAGGCUAGAAAUACCCGAUCUUGAGCUGGCUGAUGAUCUAAAGAAAACUGUCACAGUCAGAGCUGGGGUGUCUCUCCGCCUGAUGGUAUCCGUUUCCGGAAGACCUCCUCCUAUCAUCACAUGGAGCAAAAAGGACGUUGACCUGGCGAGUAGGGCCAUCAUCGACACCACGGACAGCUACACCUUGCUUAUCGUUGACAAAGUCAAUCGGUACGAUGCUGGGAAAUACACGAUCGAAGCCGAAAAUCAAUCUGGCAAGAAAUCGGCCUCAGUCCUCGUCAAAGUAUAUGAUACCCCUGGUCCGCCUCCAUCAGUGAAAGUUAAAGAAGUGUCGCGGGAUUCUGUGACCAUCACCUGGGAGAUCCCUCCGAUUGAUGGUGGAGCACCGGUCACUAACUAUAUCAUCGAGAAACGGGAGGCAGCGAUGAGGGCAUUCAAAACCGUAACCACCAAAUGUAGCAAGACGCUGUAUAGGAUUUCUGGCCUCAUGGAAGGAACCAUGUAUUAUUUCAGAGUGCUGCCAGAGAACAUCUAUGGAAUCGGGGAGCCGUGUGAAACGUCCGAUGCCGUCCUGGUCUCAGAAGUCCCCUUGGUGCCUCAAAAGCUGGAAGUGGUUGACGUCACCAAGUCAAGCGUCUCUCUUGCCUGGGAGAAACCGCUCUAUGAUGGUGGCAGCAGGCUCACUGGUUAUAUUCUUGAGGCCUGCAGAGCCGACACAGAAAGGUGGAUGAAGGUGGCGACCUUGAAGCCUACGGUCUUGGAGCACACGGUCAUCUCUCUGAAUGAAGGAGAGCAGUACUUAUUUAGAGUUAGGGCCCAAAAUCAGAAAGGGGUGUCUGAGCCCAGAGAGAUCGUCACAGCAGUCACCGUUCAAGACUUACGAGUGUUGCCGACGAUUGAUCUAUCUGGGAUGCCUCAAAAAACUGUCCAUGUUCCAGCUGGCAGACCAGUUGAGUUGGUUAUCCCAAUUGCUGGUCGACCCCCUCCAGCUGCUUCCUGGUUCUUUUCGGGGUCCAAACUGCGAGAAUCAGAACGCAUCACAGUGGAAACUCAAACGAAAAUAUCCAAGUUAACCAUCCGGGAGACCACGAUAAGAGACACCGGAGAAUACACCCUUGAGCUGAAGAACGUGACGGGAAGUACCUCAGAAACGAUCAAAGUUAUCAUUCUCGAUAAGCCAGGCCCACCCACCGGCCCCAUCAAGAUUGAGGAAAUUGAUUCCUCCUCGAUAACCAUUUCCUGGGAGCCACCCCAGAUGGACGGCGGUGCCCCUCUGAGCGGCUACGUGGUGGAGCAGCGAGACGCCCAUCGCCCUGGAUGGCUGCCAGUGUCCGAGUCGGUGACUCGACCGACAUUUAAAUUCUCCAGGCUGACGGAAGGAAACGAGUAUGUGUUCCGGGUGGCCGCAACCAACCGCUUCGGGAUUGGAUCGUACCUGCAGUCCGAGGUGGUAGAAUGCAGAAGCAGCAUCAGUAUUCCCGGACCCCCAGAAACGCUCCAAGUAUUUGACGUUUCCCGAGACGGCAUGACACUUACCUGGUAUCCACCAGAAGACGACGGAGGCUCACAGGUCUCUGGCUACAUUGUGGAACGCAAAGAGGUCAGAGCCGACCGGUGGGUCAGGGUCAAUAAAGUCCCCGUGACGAUGACUCGCUACCGGUCCACUGGCCUUAUUGAAGGAUUGGAAUAUGAACAUCGCAUCACAGCCAUCAACGCCCGAGGCCCUGGCAGACCGAGUCGUCCUUCCAAGCCGACCGUUGCCAUGGAUCCAAUUGCUCCUCCCGGGAAGCCCCAAAAUCCAAGAGUUACUGACACCACAAGGACAUCAGUCUCCCUGGCCUGGAGUGUGCCAGAGGAUGAGGGAGGAUCUAAAGUCACUGGCUACCUGAUUGAAAUGCAGAAGGUGGACCAGCACGAAUGGACAAAAUGCAAUACAACGCCAACAAAGAUCCGAGAAUACACACUGACCCAUCUCCCUCAAGGUGCCGAAUACAGAUUCCGUGUGCUAGCGUGCAACGCUGGUGGCCCAGGAGAACCAGCCGACGUGCCUGGCACCGUCAAAGUUACGGAGAUGCUUGAAUAUCCCGACUACGAAUUGGACGAAAGAUACCUGGAGGGUGUCUUUGUAAGACAAGGUGGAGUCAUCAGGCUCACAGUGCCGAUCAAAGGCAAGCCAAUCCCAAUAUGCAAAUGGACCAAGGAAGGCCAGGACGUCAGUAAGAGAGCCAUGAUCGCCACUUCUGACACCCACACCGAGCUUGUGAUCAAGGAAGCAGAGAGGGAAGACUCUGGAAGUUACGAUCUGGUUCUUGAAAACAAGUGCGGCAAGAAGGCUGUUUACAUCAAGGUCCGAGUGAUCGGCAGUCCAAACCCUCCAGAGGGGCCCCUGGAAUACGACGACAUACAAGCUCGCUCGGUCCGAGUAAGCUGGAGAGCUCCCGCCGAUGACGGAGGGGCUGACAUUACCGGGUACAUCAUUGAGAGGCGAGAAGUGCCCAAGGCAGCCUGGUACACCGUCGAUUCCAGAGUCAGGGGCACCUCUCUCGUGGUAAAAGGCCUCAAAGAGAACGUAGAAUAUCACUUCCGGGUUUCAGCGGAAAACCAGUUUGGCAUUAGCAAACCUCUGAAAUCCGAAGAGCCAGUCAUACCCAAAACACCACUGAAUCCUCCGGAGCCACCAAGCAACCCUCCAGAAAUCCUCGACGUGACAAAGAGUUCUAUCAGCUUGUCAUGGUCCAGACCCAAAGACGAUGGAGGGUCUCGUGUCACCGGUUAUUACAUCGAGCGCAAGGAAACAUCCACUGAAAAAUGGGUCAGACAUAACAAGACACAAAUCACCACCACGAUGUACACGGUCACAGGGCUGGUCCCCGAUGCGGAAUAUCAGUUCCGUAUCAUCGCUCAGAAUGAUGUCGGCCUGAGCGAAACCAGUCCAGCUUCUGAACCUGUUGUGUGCAAGGAUCCGUUCGAUAAACCCAGCCAGCCCGGAGAAAUCGAGAUCCUGUCGAUAUCAAAAGAUAGUGUCACACUCCAAUGGGAGAAACCUGAAUGUGAUGGCGGCAAAGAGAUCCUUGGCUACUGGGUUGAAUACCGGCAGUCUGGAGACAGUGCCUGGAAGAAGUGCAAUAAGGAUAGAAUCAAGGACAGGCAGUUCACCAUCGGCGGUUUAUUGGAAGCCACAGAAUACGAAUUCAGAGUUUUUGCCGAAAAUGAGACUGGAACUAGCAGACCUCGAAGAACUGCCAUGUCUGUGAAGACGAAAUUGACAUCUGGAGAGGCACCAGGAGUCCGGCAAGAAAUGAAAGAUGUCACCACUAAACUGGGAGAAGCUGCUCAGCUUUCAUGUCAGAUCGUGGGCAGGCCCCUUCCUGACAUAAAAUGGCAACGCUUUGGGAAAGAGCUGGUUCAGAGCCGAAAAUACAAAAUGUCAUCAGACGGGCGCACGCACACCUUGACCGUGAUGACCGAGGAACAGGAGGAUGAAGGGUUAUACACCUGCACUGCGACCAAUGAAGUUGGAGAGGUGGAAACCAGCAGCAAGCUGCUGUUACAAGCGACUCCCCAGUUCCACCCCGGCUACCCGCUGAAAGAGAAGUACUACGCGGCCGUGGGAUCCACCCUCCGACUGCACGUCAUGUACAUUGGCCGCCCAGUCCCGGCCAUCACUUGGUUCCAUGACCAGAAGCCAUUGAGAGAUUCAGAGACCGUGACGGUUGAAAACACCGAGCACUACACUCAUCUGAUCAUCAAGAACGUCCAGCACAAGACCCAUGCCGGGAAAUAUAAAGUGCAGCUGAGCAAUAUUUUUGGAACUGUUGACACUGUCCUGAAUGUGGACAUUCAAGAUAAACCAGAUAAGCCCACGGGGCCCAUAGUCAUCGAGACCCUGUUAAAGAAUUCGGUGGUCAUCAGCUGGAAGCCCCCGGCAGACGACGGAGGAUCGUGGAUCACCAAUUACGUGGUAGAGAAAUGUGAGGCUAAGGAAGGCGCAGAAUGGCAACUGGUAUCAUCGGCCAUUUCGGUGACAACCUGCCGAAUCGUUAACCUCACCGAAAAUGCCGGCUAUUAUUUCCGCGUUUCUGCUCAGAAUACGUUUGGCAUCAGCGAGCCCCUCGAGGUCUCGUCCAUCGUUAUCAUCAAGAGCCCAUUCGAAAAGCCCUCCGCUCCUGGGAAACCCACCGUGACAGCUGUCACGAAGGAUUCCUGCGUGGUGUCCUGGAAACCCCCUCCUAGUGAUGGGGGUGCAAAAAUCCGCAAUUAUUUCCUGGAGAAGCGUGAAAAGAAACAAAACAAGUGGAUUGCGGUGACCACAGAAGAAAUUCACGAAACCGUCUACUCGGUGAAAAACCUUGUUGAAGGUCUUGAGUACGAGUUCCGGGUGAAAUGUGAAAACCUGGGAGGGGAAAGCGAAUGGAGCGAGCUAUCCGAGCCCGUCAAUCCUAAAUCCGACGUGACCAUUCAAGCCCCGCACUUUAAAGAAGAACUGAGAAACCUGAACGUCAAGUACCAAAGUAACGCGACUUUGGUCUGCAAAGUCACGGGCUACCCCAAGCCUGUGGUGAAAUGGUACAGGCAGGGGAAAGAAAUCAUGGCAGACGGUGAAAAGUAUAAGUCCCAAGAAUUUAAGGGUGGCUAUUACCAGCUCGUCAUCACGAACGUGACGGAUGACGAUGCCACCGUCUACCAAGUUAGAGCUACCAACCAAGGAGGAUCCGUCUCUGGCACUGCCUCGGUGGAAGUAGAAGUCCCGGCUAAGAUCCACUUGCCCAAGAACCUCGAAGGCAUGGGUGCAGUUCACGCUCUCCGGGGCGAAGUGAUCAGCAUCAAGAUCCCUUUCAGCGGCAAGCCAGAUCCAGUGAUCACCUGGCAGAAGGGCCAAGAUCUCAUCGACAACAACGGACACUACCAAGUCAUCGUCACCCGCUCCUUCACAUCGCUGGUGUUCUCCAACGGCGUGGAGAGGAAAGACGCCGGCUUCUACGUCGUGUGUGCUAAGAACAGGUUCGGCAUCGAUCAGAAGACGGUCGAGCUGGACGUAGCCGACGUCCCGGACCCCCCUCGGGGAGUCAGGGUGAGCGACGUCUCAAGAGAUUCCGUCAACCUGACCUGGACUGAGCCGGCUUCCGAUGGCGGCAGCAAAAUCACCAACUACAUCAUUGAAAAAUGCGCCACCACAGCAGAGCGGUGGCUUCGCGUGGCCCAAGCCCGUGAAACACGGUACACCGUGGUUAACCUGUUUGGCAAGACCAGUUACCAAUUCCGGGUCAUAGCCGAAAAUAAGUUUGGACUGAGCCAGCCUUCAGAACCUACAGAGCCAACGAUAACCAAGGAAGAUAAGACCAGAGCCAUGAACUAUGACGAAGAGGUGGAUGAAACCAGAGAGGUUGUCACAUCCAAGGCCUCUCACUCAUCCACCAAGGAACUCUAUGAGAGAUACAUGAUUGCAGAAGACCUUGGGCGCGGCCAAUUUGGAAUUGUCCACCGCUGCGUCGAAACCUCUUCUAAAAAGACGUAUAUGGCCAAGUUUGUCAAAGUCAAGGGGACUGACCAGGUUUUGGUGAAGAAGGAAAUUUCCAUCCUGAACAUCGCCAGGCACAAGAACAUCUUAUAUCUCCAUGAAUCAUUUGAAAGCAUGGAAGAGUUAGUCAUGAUCUUCGAAUUCAUAUCUGGUCUCGACAUCUUUGAGAGAAUCAACACAAGUGCAUUUGAACUUUCUGAAAGAGAAAUUGUAAAUUACGUGCGCCAGGUCUGCGAAGCCCUCGACUUCCUGCACAGCCAUAACAUCGGGCACUUCGACAUUAGGCCCGAAAACAUAAUUUACCAAACGAGGAGAAGUUCCACGAUUAAGAUCAUCGAAUUCGGUCAGGCCAGGCAGCUGAAGCCUGGGGACAACUUUAGACUCCUCUUCACCACCCCAGAGUACUACGCGCCUGAAGUACACCAGCACGAUGUAGUAAGCACAGCUACCGACAUGUGGUCCCUAGGGACCCUGGUGUAUGUGCUGCUGAGCGGCAUCAAUCCCUUCCUCGCUGAAACGAACCAACAGGUCAUUGAGAACAUCAUCAAUGCCGAAUACACUUUCGACGAAGAAGCGUUCAAGGACAUCAGCAUCGAAGCCAUGGACUUCGUCGACCGCCUGUUGGUAAAAGAAAGAAAAUCUCGCAUGACAGCAGCGGAAGCCCUGGAGCACUCCUGGCUGAAGCAGAGAACGGACAGAAUCAGCACGAAGGUCAUCAGGAACCUGAGACACCGACGUUACUACCAGACCCUGGUGAAGAAAGACUUGAACAUGGUGGUGUCCGCAGCCCGAAUCUCUUGCGGCGGGGCCAUCAGAUCUCAGAGGGGAGUGAACAUCGCUAAAGUCAAAGUUGCGUCCAUUGAAAUUGGCCCCGUAUCCGGGCAGAUCAUGCACGCCGUGGGAGAAGAAGGCAGCCACGUGAAGUACGUGUGUAAGAUUGAAAAUUACGAUCAAUCCACCCAGGUGACCUGGUACUUUGGCAUCAGACAGCUGGAGAACAGUGAGAAGUAUGAAAUCACCUACCAGGACGGGCUGGCCACCAUGUACGUCAAAGACAUCCGUAGAUCAGACGACGGUACCUACAGGUGCAAGGUAGUCAACGACUACGGUGAAGACAGUUCCUACGCAGAGCUGUUUGUCCAAGGCGUGAGAGAAGUUUACGACUACUACUUCCGGAGAACGGUAAAGAGAUUGAGGCGCAGAGCGGAUACCAUGAGACUACUGGAGAGGCCACCAGAAUUUACCUUGCCCCUCUACAACCGGACCGCCUACGUGGGUGAAACGGUCAGGUUUGGAGUCACCAUAACGGUGCACCCCGAGCCCCGGGUGACGUGGUUUAAAUCCGGUCAGAAAAUCAAGCCCGGGGACGAUGACAAAAAGUACACGUUCGAGUCCGACAAAGGCCUGUAUCAGCUGACGAUUAACAACGUGUCCCUAGAUGACGACGCGGAAUAUGCCAUCCUGGCCAAGAACAAGUAUGGGGAAGACAGCUGCAAAGCCAAGCUGACGGUCAGCCCCCACCCCCCUUCGGCGGAUACGACCCUAAGACCGAUGUUCAAGCGACUCCUGGCAAACGCAGAAUGCCAGGAGGGCCAGAGCGUCUGCUUUGAGAUCCGAGUCUCUGGCAUUCCGACCCCAACGUUGAAAUGGGAGAAAGACGGCCAGCCCCUAUCCCUUGGCGCCAAUAUUGAGAUCGUCCACGAGGGCCUGGAUUAUUACGCUCUGCACAUCAGGGACACUUUGCCAGAAGAUACGGGCUAUUACAGAGUCACCGCCACCAACAGCGCCGGGUCUACCGGGUGCCAGGCUCACCUGAAAGUGGAGCGCUUGAGGUACGUCAAGCAUGAGUACAAGAGUCAGGAAGAGCGGGAAAAGCACGUCCAAAGGCGGAUCGACAAGACGUUGCGGAUGGCCGAGAUUCUGUCCGGCACGGAGUCCAUGCCCCUGACCCAGGUAGCCCAGGAGGCUCUGAGGGAAGCCGCCGUCCUCUACAAACCCGCCGUGAGCACCAAGACCGUAAAAGGUGAAUUUGAACUGCGGCAGGAGGAAAAGAAGGAAGAAAGAAGGCUGCGCAUGCCCUACGAGAUACCGGAGCCACGCAGGUAUAAACGAACGACGGUGGAGGAAGACCAGAACAUAAAACAGUUUGUGCCCAUGUCGGACAUGAAGUGGUACAAGAAGCUCCGGGAUCAGUUUGAGAUGCCAGGGAAACUUGACCGGAUGGUACAGAAGCGACCCAAGCGAAUUCGCCUUUCCAGGUGGGAACAGUUCUAUGUGAUGCCUCUGCCACGCAUCACGGACCAAUACAGACCCAAGUGGCGUAUCCCCAAGCUGUCUCAGGACGAUCUGGAAACCGUGAGACCAGCCCGCCGCCGCACCCCCUCCCCCGACUACUACUUCUACUACAGACCGAGGCGGCGAUCCCUCGGCGACCUGUCCGACGAAGAGCUCCUCCUCCCGAUCGACGAUUACUUGGCCAUGAAGAGAACCGAGGAGGAGAGGCUGCGCCUUGAAGAGGAGCUGGAACUGGGCUUCUCCGCCUCCCCGCCGAGCCGAAGCCCUCCCCGAUUUGAGCUCUCCUCCCUCCGCUACUCUUCCCCGAGGGCGCACAUCAGUGUAGAGGACACCCGAAGGAGAGAGCAGAGGUACUCGACUUACCACAUCCCCACCAAAGAGGAAACUGGCACGACUUACAGGGAACUCCGGGAGCGUCACGACCGAGCGGCCCAGAGACAAGCGAAGCAGCGGGAGAGAAUAAUGGCCGAGAAGGAGGAUGAGGAAUUGCUCCGUCCGGUCACCGCCACUCAGCGACUCUCGGAGUACAGGAGCGAGCUUGACCAGAUGGCCAAGGAGGAGAAGUCGAGAAAGAAAUCCAAAAAGCAAAUCGAGAUCACCGAGAUCACGGAAUUCGAAGAAGAGAUAGAAACCUCCAGACGCUCACAUCAAGAGUCUUCGUCGGUCUCGAGGCUGCUGGGGAGGCGGCGGUCCCUGUCUCCGAGCUAUAUCGAACUCAUGCGGCCGGCGUCAGAGCUCAUCAGACCCCACUCCCGGCCUGCUGAGGAAUCCGAACCCGAGAGGAGGUCCCCUACCCCGGAGAGGACCCGUCCCCGGUCCCCCAGUCCCGUCUCCAGCGAGCGGUCCCUCUCCAGGUUCGAGAGGACAGCCAGGUUCGACAUCUUCUCCCGGUACGAGUCCAUGAAAGCAGCCCUGAAGACUCAGAAAACAUCUGAGAGGAAAUACGAAGUUUUGAGCCAGCAGCCCUUCACCCUGGACCACGCGCCCCGCAUCACCCUGAGGAUGCGCUCCCACCGUGUGCCCUGCGGCCACAACACCCGUUUCAUUCUAAACAUCCAAUCGAAGCCUACCGGCGAAGUGAAAUGGUAUCACAAUGGUGUGGAAAUUCAAGAGAGCCACAGGAUUCACUUCACCAACACCAGCGGCGUUUUGACCCUGGAAAUCCUUGACUGCCACUGUGAUGACAGCGGAACCUAUCGGGCUGUGUGCACCAACUACAAAGGCGAAGCUUCUGACUAUGCCACUUUAGACGUGACCGGGGGGGAUUACACCACCUACACCUCGCGGCGUAGAGACGAGGAGGUCUCGAGGCCCAUUUUCCCCGACCUCACGAGGACCGAGGCCUACGCCGUCUCGUCCUUUAAGAAAUCGUCGGAGAUGGAAGCCUCUUCUUCAGUCAGGGAAGUCAAGUCCGAGAUGACGGAGACCAGGGAAUCCCUCUCCUCUUACGAUCAUCAGGCCUUGGCUGACAUGAAAGCCCACGCGUUGGAGGAGAAGUCAGCGGAGGAGAGAACGGUGCACAGGAAGCUGAAGACCACUCUGCCAGCACGAAUUUUAACCAAACCCCGGUCCAUCACUGUACCUGAAGGCGAGUCUGCCCGGUUCUCUUGUGACACCGAUGGGGAGCCAGUGCCCACGGUCAAGUGGUUCCGUGCGGGCCAGGUCAUUGGUUCGUCCGGCCGCCACCACAUCACAACCACGAAAUACAAAUCCACCUUUGAGAUCACUUCGGUUCGGGCUGCCGACGAAGGCAGCUACACUGUGGUGGUGGAAAAUUCCGAAGGUAAACAGGAAGCCCAGUUCACUCUGACGAUUCAAAGGAGCCGGGUUCCGGAAAAAGCUGUCACGUCACCUCCCAAAGUCAAAUCCCCAGAGCCCCGGGUGAAGUCUCCCGAAGCAAUUAAAUCCCCGAAGAGAGUGAAAUCCCCAGAACCGGCGACUCCUCACCCGAAGGCCCCGCCGCCCUCAGAAACCAAGUCUCUGCCAAAGGAGAAAGCGCAGCUCCCUGUUCCCGCUCCUCCGAAGAUCAUUCAGCCGCUGAAAGCAGAAGCUUCUGAAGACACCGCCAAGCUUCACUGUGUGGUUGAAAGCGACGUCUUACGUGCGAGGGAAGUAGCGUGGUAUAAAGACGGAAAGAAGCUGAAGGAAAACGGGCACUUCCAGUUCCACCGUUCUUCAGACGGCACCUACGAACUCAAAAUCCACAACCUCACCGAAGCCGAUCGCGGUGACUAUGUUUGCGAGAUCUCCGGAGAGGGCGGAGCCUCCAAGACCGAUUUCCAGUUUGUCGGCCAGGCCUUUAAAAAGAUCUACGACCAGCUGUCAAGCACAGCAGAGAGCAAGAAACCACCUCCUAAAGCAGCCGAGCCAGCCGAGACCAAGACGCCUUCCCCGAAAGGCGUCGAACCAGCAGAGGCCAAGAAACCCCAGGAGAAACCACUGGAAUUAGCCACCUCAAAGCCAGUCAUUGCUACUGGGCUGCAAGACACGACUGUAUCUUCCGACUCCGUCACCAAGCUAACGGUCCACGUUACGGGAGAGCCUUGCCCAACUGCCACCUGGACCAAAGACGGAAAGGUUCUGGCACGAGGUGGGAAAUACGAAAUAUCUGAAGGCAAAGGAGUAUUCCACCUGGAAAUCCGGGAGACUGGUACUUCAGACGCUGGACUGUAUACUUGCACAGUCACAAAUUCAGCAGGCUCCGCUUCCUCUAGCUGCAGAUUGACAGUAAAAGCAGUCAAAGACGCUGAAACCCACCAAGUAUCCGCUUUGAAAACCUCUGAAGUGGCAUCUCAGGAAAGAGCAGUUCUCCAAGAAACUUCCAGAGAGGCCUCCGUCUCUAAAGUCAAAACCUCAGAAAAGUCAGCUGCCCAAGAGGAAUUUUCCCAAAAGGCCCUGAUUUCUGAAGAAAUCAAGAAAUCAGAAGUGUCUUCUCUCGAAAAAGCAGUUGUCCAGGAAGAAGUCGUCAAAAAGGCCCGGGUAUCAGAAGACAUCAGUCAUACUGAAGCCAAAGCUUUCUCCACUCAAAUGAAUGUGUCUGAAGGUGAGAAAGUUACUCUGAAAGCCAACAUCAUCGGCGCAUCUGAUGUCAAGUGGGUGCUGAAUGGGGUGGAGCUUUCUAACUCAGAAGACUACCGAUUCGGCGUCUCCGGCAACGAUCAUACCCUAACCAUCAAGAAAACCAGUCGCCGAGAUGAAGGCAUCCUUACCUGUGAGGGAAGAACUAAUCAAGGCAUCGUCAGGUGUCAGUUCGAUAUGACCCUGUGUAAGGAGCGCUCGGAUGCCCCGGCCUUCAUCACGCAGCCCCGAUCCCAGAAUGUUAACGAGGGACAGGCGGUCCUCCUUUCCUGUGAAAUCAGUGGAGAUCCGUCUCCGGAAAUUGAAUGGUUUAAGAACAACCAUCCUAUUUCAGUUUCAUCCAACGUCAGAGUAAAUCGCUCCCGCAACGCCUACUCCCUUGAAAUUCGAAGCGCGGCAGUAAGCGACAGUGGGAAAUACACAGUUAAGGCCAAAAAUUUCCACGGACAGUGCUCCGCUACAGCAUCCCUGACUGUGCUCCCUCUAGUUGAAGAACCUUCAAAGGAGGUAGUUUUGAGGACAAGUGGUGAUGCAGGCAUGCAAGAAAGCUUCUCCUCUCAGUCAGUCCAAAUGUCCGCCUCUAAAAAAGAGGCCUCCUUCAGCAGUUUCAGCAGUAGCAGCACUAGCAGCAUGACUGAAAUGAAAUUUGCAAGCAUGUCCGCCCAAAGCAUGUCCUCCAUGGAAGGAUCCUUUGUAGAGAUGAGUUCCAGCAGUAUUAUGGGAAAAGCUAGUAUGACACAACUGGAAAGCUCAACUAGUAGAAUGCUUAAAGCAGGUGGAAGAGGGUUUCCACCCAAAAUCGAAGCUCUUCCGUCUGACAUCAGCAUCGACGAAGGCAAAGUGCUCACCCUGGCCUGCGCCUUCUCAGGGGAACCCACUCCUGAAAUAUCGUGGUCCCACGGUGGGAGACAAAUCCAAAGUCAAGCAGAGCACGGGAGAUUCCAUAUCGAAACCACCGAUGACCUGACGACCCUGAUCAUCAUGGAUGUCCAGAAGAAGGACGGCGGACUCUACACCCUGAGUCUGGGGAAUGAAUUCGGAUCUGACUCUGCCACUGUGAAUAUUAAUAUCCGAUCCAUUUAGAGAGCCUGCGCUCUUGUAUUUUCCACUUGCCUUUUUGCAAGUGAUUUGUAUGGACUAAACUUUCCGAUCUGUAAAUAGAAAAAGUAUUUUUGUACCGACCUAAAAGAGACAAAGUCCAAAGUUAUUCAUUAUGAUUUAUUGCCAGUGCUGUUGACUCAGAAACGGUAAACAUUUGUCGUCGACCUGUACAUACUUGUAUAUAGCCGGAGUAACGGUUAUGGAGUUUUGUACCCUUUAUUUUGUGACCUUUUACCAUGUAACUUUUGGAACUCACCGUUGGCAGGAGAAAGUUUCAUCCGGAACGAAUACCCUGCUCGACAUCUUCCUAAUCUUUGUGCCUCAACACAAUGUUGAUGACUAAGAAGGCCUCAAUGGGUUGAGAAAGUCCCCAUUGACGUUGUCCUACACCUAAGAGAAAAUGCCGCACGCGCUACUUGGUACCCGUGCGAAUACUAACGGCAUCAGAAAUGUAAGGCAUCGGUGAUGUUUGCAAAUACCCUCCUGUAAGCAGCACUUGAAUGUCUUACGUGCUCUCUGAUGAUGUCACACUCCUAAUUUUCAAAGACGUACGACUGGGUGAGCAAAGUGCAAACGGCCAACACUUUGUUCCCACUCUCUUUGUGCUGCUUCUGACACAUUGACUGCUUGGGUGGCUUGAAAAAAGUAACACCUCCUGGCCAUUCCCUCAUUUCACAAGCCACUCAAGUACUCCAGUGCAGAAGCAGUGCAUCCUCUUGGAGGUUCCCCGGGUGCUACGGUUGUGUUUGUUUGGUAGUCGUAGAGUUGUAGUACACCUGUCAGUCCUGGGCAACUAAGCAUGGACCACAGCAAGGAAGGAAAAACGGAACAUCAGAAAUGCUGUUGUUAACCACCCAAGUGCCCUCAAAUUCAAUCUGAUGUAGGUCUUUUCAUUGUAGAAGUAAAUUACAUUGCUAGCCAAUUGUUGAACCUCCUUGAGUUAGUAUCAUUGAAAUAAAGCAUGCUUUCAGCACCUCAAAA